AGAAUCACACAAAAACAUUGAAUGGUGGGUUCCUUUGAUUCUUAAACAUUUUGAUGCUAUCAGCUUUUUCUUUUUGUGUGUGGUGGAGAGUUACUGCUUUUAUUAUUAUAUAUUUUUACAAGAAGGGCCGUAGAGCACAACCUAGAAAUUACAGACUCAUUAUUUUACAAAUGUCAUUGCUUAACCGUAGGCUAAAUAUUUGCUUCUUAAAAUAGAAGUUUGGGUGCGCAAAAGUAAUAUUACCCCAGAUGAGCAAGCAAGUUUUAGAGCCAAGGUUUUAGGUAGCAUGUUCAUCUUGGCACAUCUGACUAAUAAUAAAUAUUGCAAGAAAAGCACAAAUAUUAUGUAUACCACCAUUGUAGAUCUGAAACGUUUUUUCUACUCAGGUAGAAUGUUUUAUUUAGAAAUGUAAAGAAAUGAAGGGAACAUUUUUUCAUAUGUAUUGGACAUGUAAAAAGGGAAAAUAAUAUUGGGAAAUGAUUUAUAAUGAGUUUAAAAAUGUUUAAAAUAACUUUCCCCCAAAACUGGAGUCAUUUUUGUUUGGAAUAAUUCAGAAGGCAAGUCCCUAAGUUUCAACAAAAUUUAUUUACGUAUGCAACAAUUGUUAGACCAAAAAUAGAAAGUGAGGAAGGUCCCAAGUGAAGAGGACUGGCAACUUAAGAUGGUAGAAUAUACAGAGCUUGCAGGUUUAACAUGUAGGGUAAGAGAGCAAGGAGAACAUAUAUUCAAAGUAGAGUGGAAAAUAUCUAUUGAGUAUAUGGAAAAUAACUGUACACAGCUGAAAAUGCUGGUAGCAUUAAGAUAAAAUCAACUGUGUAAUUAUUGUUUGAGUGAUGUAAAAGUGAACUGACUUAAAUGGUUACAGCAAAAUAUGCAGGAAUGAAAGAAAAAUAAAAUGAACCAAGGAAAGAGGGAAGUCAUGGGAUAUCUAACAGUAUGUAAAAUGUUGACUUUAAGAGGUAAAACUGCAAAUUUAAUAAAAAUUAUUACUUUAAAAAGACUUUUAAUUAACAUUGGAGAGGACCUUUGUUGAAUUGGACUUUGUUGUGACAUUAUAGAAAGAUCUUGGCCAUGGGAAAAGGGCUAUGUCAGGUUAUAUAGCAUUAUAUUAAGUGCUCUGUUUUAAUUCCAGUUCAGCUCAUUACGAAAAGCAAGGCCUCAGCACUACAGGCCUGUAAUGUUGAAGCAACCUGUACCUGCUUAUCUCCAGUAAUGUUGCAGCAUCUGUUGUUUUUAACACCAUUUAAGGGGCCCAUUGGGACGCGGGUGGCACUGUGGGUAAAACCUCAGUGCCUAGGACUUGCUGAUCGUAUGGUCGGCGGUUCGAAUCCCCGCGGGGGGAUGAGCUCCCAUCGUUCGGUCCCAGCUCCUGCCCACCUAGCAGUUCGAAAGCACGUCAAAGUGCAAGUAGAUAAAUAGGUACCGCUUCAUAGCGGGAAGGUAACGGCGUUUCCGUGUGCUGCGCUGGUGCUGGCUUGCCAGCUGCAGCUUCGUCACGCUGGCCAUGUGACCCGGAAGUGUCUUCGGACGGCGCCGGCUCACGGCCUCUUGAGCGAGAUGAGCACACAACCCUAGAGUCGGACACGACUGGCCCGUACGGGCAGGGGUACCUUUACCUUUAAGGGGCCCAUAAAGUACAUUGGUUUCUGAAGCUAUGUUGCUUCUAGUUUGUUACUGCAAUGAGUGGUAGCUUUUGGAAAUUACAUUGCUUUAUGCUUCUUUCAAUGUCUCAAAAAGACACAUAUUUAAGUUUGGUACCUGAUUAAAUUUUUAAAAAAUAAUCAGUUAAAAGGGCAAGUAAUCAAUUAAAAGAUCUGUCAGUUAUGUGAUACAAUUUAAUUUCCUAUUAUUAAAUACAUUAAUCAAUCUCAUGCAGGUGAUAGUUUCAGGCUACUAAGUUUAUCCUGACUUAACAGACUGGCUCUUUGGCAAGCCAACCCAAACAAAUUGGCAGAUAUAGAUGGUGUGCAUAAAUGAUCUACAGCAAUGCCAUCAGUGGUACUUAAUGUUCCAUUUAUGAAUGAACUGCUAUUUAUGAACAAACUGUUAAAUGAUACCUGACAAUGAACGUUCUUGUGCUGCAGUUCUGACUCAAAAUGCAUUUUCAUGGAAAUAAAACCCACUGAUUUCAAAAUCCCUCUUCAUAUACUCUAAACUUGCAUAGGCGACGCUUGCUGGGUACUGAGAUACCAGAACCAUGUAGGGUCAGGCUGAUUGGACGGGAAAGACACACAAAAUCAUUGGUUCAACAGUAGAGAAUUUGGCAAAUGAGUGGGAAACUCUCCUAUAAUUGACCCCCGUAAGUUGCAGUGGGUGUGGUUUCACUGUAAUGGCCUCAUGGGUAAAAUGGGGAAGCCUGAUUAGGCCCACAGGCUGGAGGCCUUAUUGAUGGUGCAAAUUUUCUCCUCUUCCAAACCUGGUACACGGAUUUUUUCCUCCCACUGACUUUAAUGGGAGAUAUUUUUUUUCAAAAAAUCUAUAUGAUAUAAUAAAAUAAUCAAACAUAAAUAAAUACAUAUGCUUUUGAGAAGUGUAAGGGGAUUUGUACCCCUGCCUGCAGGGGUGCAUUGAGAUUUGCAGCAGUGCAUUUGUUGCUGGCUGUGCAACUGAGACUGUUAGAUUGGCAGCACAGAGGUCUUGCCUCGCAUAUUGUGUGCAAAGGUAUGUGCUGGUGGCAUAUCCCUGUCACUAUGAAUUCAUUGUCUCCCUUCAUGUAUGAGUGGCAAUGUGGGUAUCAUCACUGGCAGUCACUGAUUGUUGGGCACUACUGUAACGUCUCUGCCAAUUUAACUGUAUGUGUUUUCCCCUCCUGGGCUGUGCGCACAAUGGAGAUGGCAGCUUGCAUUCCAGUAUGGUGUAGAGGUUAAUAUUGUUGGACUAGGACCUGGGAAAGCUCCCUGGGUGACCUUGGGCCAGUCCCUGCCUCUCAGCCUAACCUACCUUGCAGGGCUGUUGGUGUGAGGAUAAAAUGGGGAGCAAUGGAAAACAUGUAUGUCACUAUGAGCUCCCUGGGGGAAAGGCGGGAUACAAUUAAUUAAAUAAAAUAUUCACUGUGCCAGGGUUAGGCAGAACAGCAGCAGCAGCAGCUCUGCUACUCAACAGUUUGCAUCUGCUGUAACAUUAUGCUGGCUUAAUUUACACUGGCCAGCUUCUUCUGCAUAGGACUAUGCUCCCUUAGGCUUUGCUCAGAACCUUACAUUUUGCAAGCUCCACUGAAUUCAACAGGACUUAGUUUUGAGUAGAUAUGGUUGGAAUUGCACUGGUCUAGGUUUUGGGUUGCAAUUUACUGUGGUCCCUCAAAACUGCUUUGCUAGAGUAGAUUCUCCAGGGCUAGCACUCUAGGAUUCAGCUCCUUUAGACGCUAUUUACUUAACUAGAACUUAGCUCCUGAAACACAAGGCCUUUGCUGUGUGGAUGAUGGAUGGUACAAAUACAUGCUUUGAUUAUAACUGUUUCUAAAUUGUUUCUUUAGACAUCCCUCGAAUAUCACUUUUUGAAACUAUUAAAAUCAGAAUCAAAAAAGAGCCAAAGAUCCCCUCCAUCCCCACUGAAUCCUCUCCUCCCAACAGUCACUGACUGUGGUCUUAUUGCCUCCCAAACCUUUAUGGCGGAGUCCUUCCACUUUCUUGGUGCAGGGAUGGAAAAAGCGGACUAAGGAGCCUGAGAGGGAGCGGGUCAAGCAGCCUGGAGGAAGGGUGUUCUGCACCCAAUUUCAGCCGCAUCUCUUGACCUUGUUAUAUUAACAGCACAUUCACACUGCAGGACCACAAGCCACUUUUUCCUCUCUUUGGAAGAACGGUGGGGUACACGGUGCAGGACUAAGUUUAUUCAUGUAGUUAUAUUAUUAUUAAUAUUAUUAUCAUUUCUAUACUGCCCUUCCCCCGAGGAUCACAGGCAGUUCACAGUAUUAAACCAGAAAAAUACAUUACCUAGAAACAAAAUAAACAAGAACACGCGCCCCCCUUCAGUGUCCGGUGGGGCCCCUUCCGGAGGCCGAGCCCCUUCCCUGCCGCAGACUCCCGGGCUGCGCUGCCUGGCUCCGCCCCCCCAGCGCCUCCCCGACCCCAGAGCCUCGGCCCCGAAGGCCCGCCUCCCGACCCGGAAGCGGAAGCGCGGAGCUGGGGGCGCCGGAGACUCCCCGACUUCCGGCAGCGUGAGAGUCGGCGCAGCGGCGCUCCGGGAGGGGCGGGCGGGCGGAGGGGGAGGGGCCGCCGUUCUUCCUUUUCCCUCCCCCGCUUCGUGCGCUUCCCCUCGGGUGCCCGGAGGCGGGCGGGGCCGAGGCCUCCCCGCGCGGCCCUUUCUCCGGGGGGGCGGAGAGGAGGAAGGGGAGCCAUGGCCGACAGAGGCGCCUCGGCGCUCCCGGAGGCCGGCUGGUGAGUGGCGCGGCGGGGGGGGGAGGAGGGCAGCCCCCCAGCGACCUCUCGCCCCUCUUGGCGGCUCCCCUGCCUGACGCGGCCUCCCGGGCCUUUCCCCGCAGGCCUCCCGAGCGGGUCCCUCGUUAUCACCGCUCUUUGUUUGUUUAUUCAUUCCGUUCUCCCUUGAAGGCCGGGAGACGGGCUGGUCGCGAAGGAAACUUCCCCGAGGAGGGCGGGAAUAUCACGCCUCCCGCAUGCCCGGCGGGGUUGGCGAGGAAGUGAGGGGCUUCUGCCUCUCGGGGGGGCGGGGGGUUGCAAGGGCAGCACCGCUUUGCACCUGGGCUGCUUCUCGGAAGUUUGCAGAACUUGGCUUAGGGUUGCCUUGUCGUCAGCUCACCGUCCAAAAAUAUUCUUAUCAGCCGUUUGUCGCCUCCUGUAUUGAAUUUCCUAUACUUUAUUUUAGCAUACCUUACAACUGUGUGUGGCAGAUCAGUAAUGCAAUCUCCUAUACUAUAGAUGUAGUGACUAAGAAAAGAGAUUUGCUUAAGUUCACCUGAUGAGUCAAAGUUUGAAGUUGAAGUUUGAGGCAUUUCUAUCAUGUCAGUCUUUUAACUGCUGUCCCAGCUUUUGAACCUAGGUUUCUGUUACUCCUCACGCAGUACACUCUUUCACCUAAAGAUUUGUUGUCAGCUUGUGAAGAUUAGGCCAGAAAUGAUUAAACUAGCUGCUGUGCAAUUGGAAAUCAAGGUGGCACGAUUUAAAGGUUUUUGCAUUUGUGCUUGCAUUUUUUUUAGUCCUUUCUGUGGAAAUCUGUCCUCGCCCUUUACUUUUCAUCAGAUAUGUGCUGAGGUUAGCUUGACAGUUAAGAGAUUAAUGAAAGUACACUUGAAGAACCUUGCAAGGUAUAUUUCAUUUGUUGUUGUUCAGUGCUAUAUUUAUAACUAAUAAUUACAUUGCGUGCAGUAUAUGUACUGUUGAAACAAACCAUUUUCUACUUUAGCAGCUUUGGUAGAGAAAGCUGAAUAAUGUAAAAUGCUGAAUACUAAAGUAUUCUAGCAAAGCUAAUAUUUUAAAGUAGUACCGUAUUUUUCGCUCUAUAGGACACACUUUUUCCCCUUCAAAAAUGAAGGGGAAAUGUGUGUGCGUCCUAUGGAGCGAAGAUGCCAUAGCCCCGUGACCCUCUCCCGGCUGGAGAGGUGACGCGCGGCUAUGGCAGGAGCUUCUACAGCCCCGCGUCACCUCUGCAGCCGGGAGAGCGCGCGCGGGGCUAAAGAAACCAUAGCCCCGCGACCCUCUCCCGGCUGGAGAGGUGACGCGCGGCUAUGGCAGGAGCCUCUCCGCUGCGCCUUUCCGCUGCUCCCUGACCUGCUCUUUGGGGCUGGUGGUGGGCUUCCCCCGCCAGCCCCAAAGAGCAGGUCGAAAGGAACCUGAAGCCUGGAGAGCGAGAAGGGUCAGUGCACACCGACCCCUCUUGCUCUCCAGGCUUCCAAGGUAGCCGCCUGAACACACCUUAAACGGCACCUUGUUUUAGAGCGGGAAAACAAGAUGGGGAAAGUUCUCCCCCUCUCUGUGCAGCGCCUCCUGCUGCUUCACUGAAGGGGCACUGGGCAGAGAGGGGGGAAAAAAUUUUUUCUUGUUCUCCCCCCUCUAAAACAAAGUGCGUCCUAUUGUCCGGUGCGUCCUAUGGUGCGAAAAAUACGGUACUUGGGCCUAACCACGAGGUUGACAGCUUUGGUUGACAAGUUCACAACAGUAUGAAAACAUAUUUGGUCACUGAUGUGAAGCAAUGUUGCUAAUUAUUUGGAGUGAAGGAGGUGAUAGGCAAACUCUUCACCCACUCACUUCCAGCCCGCCAGGAGUUCAGGGACAAGUAGAAUAGACAAAGAAAAGGUGAUCAUACUAGAGUGAAAAUUUAGAAAUUCUUUGUAUUGCUUUUAAGUUUACCUUCAGUACUUCUUCAUUAGAUAUAUACUCUAAAAUAAUUUUGUAAGCUGCAGUGAAAGCAUGAUGUACCUGGCAGGCAUGUGGCCAGCAACGUGUUUAUUUAACUUGUAUUGAUGCACAAAACAUAUUCCCUGUUAAUUUUAUGUAUUGUAUAACUAUACCAAUUUCCCCCCAGUAGCCAAAUGUGUAAAAUAAUAUGACUUAAGCAUUUAAAGCUUUGUUUGAAAAUUUAUUUUUUAUUGGAGAAGACCCCUUACAUUGGUUGACUUUUGAUAGAGAAUCAGGGGCUGAUAUACACUUUUGAACUGAGUUGCAUCCAAAAUCAUGUUCAAUGAAGUUCAGCUAGCAUUGGGUGAAGAGGAUUGAGAGGCAGACUUCACCAGGUCUUCCCGCUUCAAGAUUUGGAGGUUUGAGAUAACAUCUGACACGAGUGGCUGCAUGGGGGAUGAAGGAGUCAUUUUAAAAAGCCUCCCUUUCCCUCUUCCACCAGUGGGAAGCUUUUGCUGGACCUCAGUGCCUUCCAGGAGUGGAAGGAGCCCUUCCAUUCACAACAAUCUAGCUCCCACCCACUAACUCUAGCAUUGAGCUGUGCAUUAGCAUCCUAGAUGGAAAGCACCUGAAGGAUAAUCUAGUCCAGCCCCCAGAAAUGCAGGAAUCUCAGGUGGCCCGUAUGAGGAUCGAACCCAUAACCUUGGCAUUAUCAGCACCACUCUCUAACCAACUGAGCUAACUGGCAUUAGGAACUCUAUAUAUAUUUUGAAUAAAUACUGUUUACUUUUCCUAUCAACACUUUUGGUCAGCAGGUGCAGAGAGAGCAGACUUCCACCCAUUAGCCCUGUCCUCAUGUUCUAUGUGUUAGGCAGAAGGUGAAGAUAGGUUUUGUGCAUACAGUAUAGCUAUACUCAGGUAAUUUGGAGUCCCUGUGCAGACCAGGGUUCUUGAUCACAUACUCAAAAUGAGGAAAGCCUAUUCUGACUUUUUAUUAAACAUACAGAGAUGAGGGGCCAACAGGUACAGUCUAGGUGCCCACCAUGUUUUGAUAGAACAUAUGGAUAGACCAUGAAAACUUGAAAAGAGGGCUAUAGUUAUCUGAAAAAAGUUACGUUACAAUUGAUAUUUACUUGCAUUAUGUACAUUCAUGCAUUAUGUUACUAAUUCAGUACUUCUUUUAAUGCUGUGUGUGUGUGUGUGUGUGUGUGUGUGUGUUGGUGCCCAUCUUCAGAGAGAAUAGAGUGUUCCUCCAGGGGUGAACUCAAACUGCUGUGUUAGCAACACCAAAGUCACCUCCCUGUCGCGCAAGCCUGGGCAGUGUGUGUGGAGGUCCUGGACUGUCCAGAUGACAAGAUCCAUCUCUUGGCUUCACUGAUGCAGUCCAAAGGAAAGCACAGCAAUAUGUUUGGCACCAGCUGCAAGAGUUGCCAGAAACAGGCAUACAAGGUGGCAUCCAACUGUCUUGGGGAUUCCACUCUGGAUUUGUGUAGUUUUUACUCCUUAGCCUUUUCUUCUCCCAAAGAUAACCCACAAGACAGUAGAACUUUUAAGAUAAGAUUUUUCUUUCUUCUAGGUGGGCUACCUUCUGAGGUAGAUGAGCCCCAUCUGCCUCUCAUUUCUCUCUGCAGCACAUGCAGCAACUGCCUUCUUGACCGUUGGAUCCACUAUUGGUCACAUCGGCUCAAUCUGCAGGAGUCUGUCUUCACAUGCAGGGGAAAUCCCUAAGUCACCGAGGGUUUGAGACCCUUCGACUACCCUCACCUGGUUUAGCUGGCUAGUCGCAGCCAUUUCCUGGGGCGUGGGUUGUUGCAUGCUGACAGCUUCUAAAACUUGUUAAUGUAUGGGUGCCUGAAAAGCUUUCACAGUGCUAGAGCAGUGUAUGGUCAUAUUUAACAGAUGUAUAUGGCAACUUGUUUUUGGACACAUAGAAUUACACUGGUGUAUGUGAACACUGGAAUUCAGUACAAUUCACCUGGAUUCUCUCACCUAAGAUACCUACAGCCAACCUUUUUAGAACUAAAAAGGACACACAGUGUGAGGACACGCAGUGUAAAUAUGAUGACUUAAAAUGUUGAUUGUAAAAGAUUGCUUUAUUUUCUUGUUGUUUGUGUGUGAAAACCCCAAUAAAAAAAGAACUAAAAUAUUCACCCGAUGAAGUUAAACGACAGAUUAACAGAGCCAGACUGAUACCCAGAGAAAAUUUGCUGCAAGACAGACCCCCAAAAAGAAAAUAACAGAACACCACUAGUACAGUGGUGCCCCGCAAGACGAAUGCCUCGCAAGACGAAAAACUCGCUAGACGAAAGAGUUUUCCGUUUUUUGAGUCGUUCUGCAAGACGAAUUUCCCAUGGGCUUGCUUCGCAAGACGAAACGUCUUGCGAGUUUGUUUCCUUUUUCUUAAAGCCGCUAAGCCGUUAUUAGCCGCUAAUAGCCGCUAAGCCGCUAAUAGCCGUGCUUCGCAAGACGAAAAAACCGCAAGACGAAGAGACUCGCGGAACGGAUUAAUUUCGUCUUGCGAGGCACCACUGUAAUCACAUACAGCUCCCAUGUUAAAACAAUACAACGCAUCAUCAGAGAUCUACAACCUCUCCUAGACAAUGACAGUUCUCUUUCACCAGCUCUGGGAGGAAGACCUUUCAUUGCCUACAGACAACCACCCAAUCCUAAACAACUCUUCACCCACAAUAAUACAACAACCAGACUUAACAUGGACAUUGGUACCAGAGCCUGCAAUAAACCCAGAUGCCAACUUUGCUGCCACAUACACCCGGACAACACCAUUACUGGCCCCAACUGGUCUGAAUAGAGACAUUGGAUUCUUAUCUCAUUAUACAUGAUAAAGCUAUUUUUAGCCAUCUCACCCCUUGCUUUUUCCUGCAGUCAUUAACUGCAGUCAUUAACAGUCGUCAACAGGUUUACCACAUCUAUUAGCCAAUCACCCAUUCCCACCACCCUUCUGAGUAAUACCCCUCCCCACCCUCUCACUAUAUAUAAGGGUCUGAUGACUUCUGUUUCAGUGUAUCUGAAGAAGUGUGCAUGCACACAAAAGCUCAUACCAAUAACUAACUUAGUUGGUCUCUAAGGAGCUACCGGAAGGAAUUUUAUUUUAUUUUAUUUAUGAUGUUUUAAUGUAUUUUUAAUCUUUUGCUGGAAGCCGCCCAGAGUGGCUGGGGAAUCCCAGCCAGAUGGAUGGGGUAUAAAUAAAUUAUUAUUAUUAUUUGCUUAUUGCUUGCUGAGAUUGUUUACAGUCAUGGGAAAAAGAAAGUGCAGCCUCUUUGAAUUCUGUGGUUUUACAUAUGAAGACAUAAUAACAACCAGUUGUUCCUUAGCAUGUCUUAAAAUUAGGUAAAUACCAGUGUGUAUACUCAGUGUGUUGUAGCUGUGAAAAAGGCAAAUCUCAUGCUGGGGAUUUUAAAGAAAGAAAUUGAAAAUAAAACCGCCCGUUUCCUAAGCCCAUUAUACACACCUAUGGUGCGGCUUCAUUUGGAAUACUGCGCACAGUUGUGGCCACCUCCCCUCAAAAAGAAUAUUGUAUAACCAGUUCAGAAAAGGGCAACCAAAAUAAUCAUGGGGAUGGAGCGGCUCCUCUAUGAGGAAAGGUUGCAGUGUUCAGAACUUUUAGUUUAGAGAAAGGGGGAAUAAGAGGUAUCAUGAUAGAAGUUUAUAAAAUUAUGUCUGGCAUGGAGAAAGUGGCUGGAGAAUUUUUUCUCUCAUAACGUUAGAACUUUUGGACAUUCAAUGAAGCUGAACAUUGGAAGAUUCAAGAAAGUCAUUCUUCAUGCAACACAUAAUCCAGUGGUUUUCAACCUUUUUGAGCCCAUGGCUCCCUUGACCGACUGCAAUCUUUGUGCGGCACCCCUGUGGGGCUCAGGAGCCCAGUUAUGUCAACCCUUGCCUGUAGCUCCUCACCCUUUUUCAAACACCCUUGUGGAGUGUUCCCCCAGCCUCCUCUCCCCUCUUUUUGGGAGUUCUCCAGGCAGCCGCUGCCACCACCCCUGGUCUCUGAGCCACCCGCCCAAAAGAGAUGCCUCAUACUACCCUACAGGGGCCUCGGAAGAGGAUGUCCCCAGCCUUAGCAGCCCAACAGAGACUAGCUGAAAGUGAACGUGAGGCCAUCACCUUACACACCUUGAGUGGCAGCAGCAGGCGCAGCUGGGCCUGCGUGGCAGAAAAGCACCCCUUCAGUGCUGGGUACUCAGCUCCCAGACAGGCACUGCACGCAGCAAGCACAAGAAAGGCCAGCACUACGCCUGCUUGCCCAGCCUCCCACUUGUCUGUCCAUUCCCAACAGCAAGGGCUGGCUGGCUGGGCUCCCUCAUCCACUUGCUUGCUUCCUCUGCUGCUGGCAACCAGCACCCCCUGGCCAGCCCCAGAGCCAGGGCUGCUGCAACAAACGGCCAUGCAAGCCUUUGGGAGGCAGAGAUGCAAUAGGGCAUCAGAGGAGGGAGGGAAGGAAGGAGAGAUGGAGGCCAAUGUUGCCCACGGCACACCUGACCAGCAUUCAAGGCACCCCAGGGUGCCAUGGAACACUGGUUGAUAACCAAUGCCCUAUUCUAUUUAACAUCUACAUGAAACUCUUUAAUAAAAUAAUUAUUAGAAAAAACAUGGCUUAAAUGAUACUACUCUGGGCAUAAAUGCAAGUGAACAUAUCUCUUUUGAACCUUUGGCACAAUUUUCUUGAUUGCUACUUACUUGUUGAAAUCAUGUGAUUUCAACAAGAUUCUUUUUUUUGUAGCAGUAAACUAAAUUUAGUUUUGCUUCUGAUUCAGGAUCCGAAAUAAAAUUAUGUAGGCUUUGCGAUAAAUGAGAGAUUCUGUCUUUCUGUUUAAGGAAGGACUAACACAUUUAAGACCUUAAGUGAGAAGAGCUGUCUAUAUUAGUCUAUAUUAAUUGCUUAUUCACAUGCACCCGCUCCCCCAGCCAACUCACUGCAUAGUUUCAAAUAAUAGUUUUGAAAUCUGAUGUGCAUAACUGGGGGGUGGGGAGAGAAAGAAGGGCACACAGUCAACUCAAAGUACAGUGGUACCUCGGGUUAAGAACUUAAUUCGUUCUGGAGGUCCGUUCUUAACCUGAAACUGUUCUUAACCUGAAGCACCACUUUAGCUAAUGGGGCCUCCUGCUGCCGCCACACUGCCAGAGCACAAUUUCUAUUCUCAUCCUGAAGCAAAGUUCUUAACCCGAGGUACUAUUUUCGGGUUAGCGGAGUCUGUAACCUGAAGCGUAUGUAGACUGAAGUGUAUGUAACCCGAGGUACCACUGUACACAAAGGUUGUGAGCAUCCAGUGCAUCUCUUGCAUAAACCACAGCGUACAUAGAACAAUGUUCCUUGCUGUAAUUGUGCUCUAAAAGGUCAAUUUUAGCAACUUUCCUGUUUUAAUUUCUAUACUGCUUAAUGCCAAACUAGGUUUCUAAGUGGUUUACAAAAUAUAGAAAACCAGGUUACGAAAACAUUAAUAUAUAAACACCUAUAAAUAAAGUGAGCAAUAAGACAAUACCAUUAAAACAAUAUAUCAAGUACAGGAGAUUUUGGUUGUGAGAUCAAGCGAAUGUCUUUGUCAGAAACUUCUUCAAAAGCCAACAGAACGCCUUUCGAGAGGGGCUUUUGUGUCUCUGAGCAGGCAGUGCUUUGCACAACAGCAGUACAACCGGUGGUUGGUGUAUUCAUUGUGUUCGAAUGAUAUUGUAAGCUGCCUUUGUAAGAUGUUAAGCCCCAAAAGUAAAAUGUGCUAUAUUCCCUGGUUCCCCUAUUCUUUUUUGACCUGAUGGAAGUCUCAUAGAACAUGCAUUUAUGUGCUGUACUUGCCGCACAUAAUAGUCUAGUUCAGGGGUUGGCAAGGCUUACCAGGCAUGGGCCGGAUCACUCCCACAGAGAUCCUCCGUGGGCCGGGCCGGCGCAGCGCGAUGCCAGAAAUAGCUUCUGUGCAUGCCCAGACACCGAAAAUCGUGCCUGCGCAGAAGCGAUUUCCAGUGUCUGGGCAUGUGCAGACGUGAUUUCCGGUGUCUGGGCAUGCGCAGACGUGAUUUCCGGUGUCUGGGCAUGCGCAGAAACAAUUUCUGGAGCUGUGGAAGAGAGUCCCUGUGCCAUGCUGCGCCACUUUAUCGCAGCUCAGUUUGGGGGUGGCUCUUGGGCCGGUUAAACGGCCUCCGUGGACCUCUUCUCGCCCAUGGGCCUUAGGUUGCCUACCCCUGGCUCUAGUUAAUGCUGAUGAGUGUAUAGGAAAUUAUUGUGUCAAGUAGGCUUGAGUGUUUUGUGGAUAAUGUGUUAAGACAAUUAGGCUGUAAUUGUAGGUGCCUGUUCUUGGGAGUAAGUCCCACAGAAUUCAGUGAAGCUUAUUGUUGAGUUGGCCUGCAUGCUUUUGCUCUGCAUAAAUUAUAGACUUUCUGAAAUGGAAUCGAAAAUACAUAUUCUAGCUGCACUCUUCUGCUCAAACAUGCAACUCCAUAAAACUAGUGUUAAAUUUAAAACUAUUUAUUUAUACUUGGACAUUCUCCCCCAAUUUUAAAACACUCGUUUAUUUUUUAAGGAACAAGGACUUGACAUGCAGCAAUAGUUCCACCAAGUGGUGAUUCCAUAGUUGUACAUUGUGAUGUUUCCUAGACAAGAAAAUUCUGUUUGCUUUGUUUAAGUAUAAUUUGCUUCCAGGUUGAAAGUAAGAUGUAAGCACAGCAUAUUGUAUGUUAUUAUUAUUUACUAAACAGUAUAUUACAGUAUUUCAGUGACAUCCUCAAUUACAUCAUUCCAUAUUUUAGUGUUGGUCCAGUUCCUACUUCAAAACAUUAACAAAAAUACUUUUGAGUAGCAUUAUGAAUUAUUGUUGCAAGUAUUAUUAUUAUUAUUAUUAUUAUUAUUAUUAUUUUACUUUAUUUUCUUUCAUUGGUGCACACUACUUUGAGGUGUGUGUUUUUUAAAACAACAAAGAUUACAUUGGUUUGGAUUUUGCUUUAGAAAGCAGGAUGGUUCAGCUUAUGUUGCUUUGCUUCAACUUGGGUCCAAAUCAGAGCUUUGCUUCAGAAAAGCCAAGGCUUUGUAAUACUUUUUUCACCGUGUGUGUGUAUCUCCUUAAAAUCUUUAUUGAAGGUCCUGCUCUAAGUUCCCCAGCAGAUGAAGUGAGAUAGGUGACAUCUAAGGAGGGCUAUCUUGGUGACAGCAAUUUAUGAAGUAGAUUCAGGCAAGAGGCUUACCUGCCACCAUCUUUAUAGUUUUUUCAGCAUCAGAUAAAUACUUUUUUUCCACAUUAAAAGAGUUAGAACCUCAGAUUAAACAGACAAGUUGUUUAAUCUGAGGUUCUCAAAAUUAUGAUUCAUCCUUAUUGUGUAUCUGCCAGAAAUAAAUCUUCAUACUCCUUUCAUUGUUUUGUAUCAUAUUUUUAAUAUUUAUUUUCAUUCUUUGUUUUUAGUGCACUUCCCUGCACUAAAGUUGUUUAACUUUAUAAAUAUAAUAAAUAAAUAUUUUUGUAGGUAGAGGAUGUACUUAACUCUGAUCUAAAGCUGGUAAGCCUGCUCAAGUUGUGACCAACUAAGCCAAACACUGCUCAACUCCCAUGUGCUAAAGCCUGCCAGAUACUUAGCAAUCCCUUGCUUCGGCAGUGGCAGGCAGCAAAAUCAAGUUUUUUACUCCUUUGUGUAGCUGUUAAAUGUCUAGUGGCUAUAUAACUGAUAGCUUGACGUAUAGAAGGAAGUUAUUGCAUGUGUGUAUACCAAACUUCAAAAUAACAAGCCAUGUUCUGAUUGUCUUCUGAACCUACUUAAUGGUUAAAAGGGUGUGUGUGUGGCAGGGAAUUCAAUAGAGUGGUGAAGAUAGCUUUGGGGGAAAUGCAGUUCUUUUUACAGCUACUGGUUUGGAUGUAGUGUUACUCUUAGAGUGCUCUCCUGAAUGAUCUUCUGCAAGCAGAGCUUGAAUUCAGCACCUUUUAAAUUUAGCACUAUAGUACAGUGGUACCUCAGGUUACAUACGCUUCAGGUUACAGACUCCACUAACCCAAAAAUAGUACCUUGGGUUAAGCACUUUGCUUCAGGAUGAGAACUUUGCUUCAGGAUGAGAACAGAAAUUGUGCUCCAGCGGCGUGGCGACAGCGGGAGGCCCCAUUAGCUAAAGUGGUGCUUCAGGUUAAGAACAGUUUCAGGUUAAGAACAGACCUCCGGAACGAAUUAAGUACUUAACCCGAGGUACCACUGUAGUUAUAAGCCCUGCUCGGAUUGGCUCCGCUCCAGAGUUUCUGAGUUAAAUUGAUCCCCACCCAAAGCACAGCAUGCAUUUGGGACUGAAUCCCUUCCCUGUUUUCAGCAGGAAUAUUUGCAUCUGUGACUUGGUGCAAGCUGAGACUGUAAAAAUUAAAAAUAAUCCAGAGUGCACUUCUAAUUCUUCCCUUGAGCCAAGUCACCUGAUGUGCGGCUCUUGGAGGGUUGGCUGGAUCCAUGUCCUCACCUGUCAUUUAGUGUAAUGUGUGAAUGUAGAAAACAAAUUUCCUAUCAGGCUUCAGCUUUAUUUUUUUAUUUUUUAUUAUUUCUGACUAAGUUGCAUGAAAAUGUUUCUUUUUCAAUAAAGGUGUGGUUUAAAAACAAACAAUGGUGUUUGUGAACCCGAUAGGUUCAUGUUUGCAUGGACAAGUAAUGGGUGGUAUCCAAAAGUUAGGACCAUUAAUAUCAGUACAUCUACAGUGAGUAAGACUUAAUUGCGCAGCACCCAAUGUUUCCUGUCCAGCUGCAGCCCUUCAUGACAUGGAGGGUCUCCUGAUUUUUAAGGAGUGUCUUUUCCGGAAGUUCAAGAGGCUGAACUGAAAACCCCUGCUACAUCAGUAGAAUUUUAUGCAUGGCUGUUUGGCCGUUACCAUUAUCGUAAUGGUGAUCCACCAUAUUGUUUCCCCUUCAAAACAGGAAAAUGGGGUAGGGGGUUGAAAAUAAGUAUUUGGGAAUAUUGUGUAUGGAACGGUAAGGGUAUUGUUGAGGCAUCAGAAUUUGCUGAGGAACACCUUCAGUAAAUAAUAUUUUGAUAACCUGGCAAAAAAGGUAAAAGCUUGCAUUAUAAAACAUAAUCAAGUUCAUGUUAAUUGAGGGUGUUGCUCUUGAAUAUCUUGCAACAAUCAGGUCAAAGUUACUUACAACUAAGCUGUUUUGAAAGCAAAGGAAUUAGCUUCAGCUGCUACAAUGCUUGGUUGAAUUACUUAGAAAAUAAGAAUGACUUUGUUAUUUCAGGACAAUGUCCAGCAUAAUGAGCAACAUUUAGUGAGGUCUACGUGCUUGUCUAUGCCUAUGUGUCUAUGUGUGUGGCGCUGUGGGUUAAACCACAAAGCCUAGGACUUGCCGAUCAGAAGGUCGGCGGUUCGAAUCCCCACGACGGGGUGAGCUCCUGUUGCUCGGUCCCAGCUCCUGCCAACCUAGCAGUUCGAAAGCACAUCAAAGUGCAAGUAGAUAAAUAGGUACCGCUCCGGCGGGAAGGUAAACGGCGUUUCCGUGCGCUGCUCUGGUUCGCCAGAAGCAGCUUAGUCAUGCUGGCCACAUGACCUGGAAGCUAUCUGCGGACAAACGCUGGCUCCCUUGGCCAAUAAAGCGAGAUGAGCGCCAUAACCCCAGAGUCGGUCAUGACUGGACCUAAUGGUCAGGGGACCCUUGACCUUUACUUUACCUAUGUGCUUGUGCAACAGGACUUGGUUCCUUUACUCCCUCAUUCAGCACCUCCCCAGGCCAUUAAACUCUUGUUUCAUAGAGUCCCAUAAGCCUCCAGAGCAGAUCUUUGGAGGUCACUUGUGGGGCUCAUGGGAGGGAGAGAGGUCACAUUGCUACAUUGGCUCUCACCCAAGGCUUCUAUCGGUGACCAACUAGUCAUUCCGUAAAAGCUCACAAGCAAACUAGGAGGACAAGAGUUCUUCUCCUUUGUUCUCCUCAUCAUCUGGUAUUUUGGAGACUUACUGUGCAACAGUUUAACAUCCCAGAAUGCUUCAGUGAAAUUUUAACUUGCUGUACAACUUAAAAUGCAUUAAAAAUGUUUUCAUGGAUAGAUUAAGGAUUUGGGAUGUUUUCAUUUGAGAUAUCCGUAUACUAAAUCAACAUUUUUCAUUUCUUUUAAUAGGUACCUGUCAGAUGAAGGAAUUGAAGCCUGCACAAAUUCAUCUGACAAAGUCAACAUAAACGACAUUAUUCUGAUUGCACUUAAUGUAGGUAGCAUAUGUGAACUUUCAUAAUUGUCUUGUUAAUUGUCACUUAUUGUAAUCAUUAGCUUAUGGGUUGGCUGAUAUAAUACAAAAUGAAAUACCAUAGCUCUUAAAGGUGCUAUUAUUGUAAAAUAAUUACUAGAAAACCCCAAAAUAGAUUAGAAUAGUAUUAUACAAAUUAAAGUUUUGCCUAGUAAUUAUUUAGGGUGGGUGACUUGAGUUGUUGUUUUAAAGGGAAUAAAAUAGACCCAUCACAAUAACAAUUGCUAGAUUUAAUUUCCAUUCUGAGUUAUAGAAAUACAGUUUUGCAAUUUUGUUUUUACUUGCUGGGUUUAUAGAACAGGUUUCCAUCUGUAAUAGAAGUUGAUUGAAGCCGUUUUAUGUAUAUAUUCUACCUUGUUUUUAUGUUUUGGUCUUAAGUAUGUUGGAUAAAUUAAGUUAGAAAUACUAUUUCUGUUAUAGAAGUAUAGGCAUUCUUUAGUCUAUUACCUGGGGAUUUAACUGGAGGCAGUUUCUUCUGCCAUAAUAUUGUUAAAUAGAAAACAAUAGUGAUAUGGUUCAUUCUUUGAAAUCACUAUUUCUCCUGCUUCUUCCCAAAGGGAACAAGGUAGAACUAUCGGUGUUGACUGCAUCCGUGUUAUAUAAGCAUUUUUUUCUAAGUUUUGUUAGUGCUUCAUACAAUUCUCUUCGUAUUUCUUAAGAAUAAUUCUGUAUAGUAUAUCAAUUACUAACUUUAUGUGUUCUCUGAAAAUUUAACUGUGGCCUUCUGUUCAUGCUUCUUUACUAGGCAAGCAAUAGUUUUUCUGGUUCUUGCCUUUAUUUAAAAUUACCUCUUCAGCACAGCAAAUUUUUUUAUACCAACAAAAAUUGUGCUAGUGUACUGUAUUGUCUCCGUUGAAUAUUCAGGUAAUAGACUAAGCAUAUGUUAUCAUUAACCAGCAGAUAGUCAGAAUCUAUGAGCAGACAUUUAAGGAAACAGAAUGGAAGACUAAAGACCCUGUCAUGCCUUCUCUCUUUCUCUCCUUAGAAUUAUAGUCUUUUAUAGUAUCUGAAGAAGUGUGCAUGCACAUGAAAGUUUAUACCAAGAACAAACUUAGUUGGUCUCUAAGGUGCUACUGGACAAUUUUUUUAUAUAUAUUUAGUCUUUUAUAGUGUUCAUUAUAUUCCCUUUGGGUUUCCUCACCCAUAUUUUGCUGGUGCGUCUCAUACAUCUUGCAAAUCUGUUCUAGAGGGAUAGCAUAAGGAGCUGCAGUAAGCAGGAAAAUAGUCUAGCACCCACGUACACAACUCCUUUGUCAUUUCUGCUUCCUUUCAGGAUGCUUUAGAUUUCAUUCAAUAAUACCACCUACAUGAUCCCACAGGAGUUUUUGCAGCCAUGCAUACUAGAAACUUGCUUAAUACAGUGGAUAAACAAAAUAUAGUUAUGUAAAUAACUAAUGAAGGUUAUGUAAAUCCUAAUUGUAAAGGGUGCGCAGGUAAAGAACCAACAUUUAAACCACAGAGAUUUAAUGAUUUCUAUUUUUAAAAAUGAGCGGUGUCUCUGGCGUUGGGUCAGCUAUUGGAACAGUACUAUAAAUGUUUAGUUCAAAGUUAAAACAAAAAUUUGAAGCAUAAAUCAUUUAAUUCUAUUGUGCAUCUGCUUGUUUAUAGGAAGAAAAUGUAAUCUGAGUGUUGCAGUGUCUUGGGUAGUAAUAUUCAUUUUUAAAAAAAUACUGUAUACUUCCUUUUAAAAGUGAACAUCUCAAUGUGCUUUACACAAUAAAAACAUAAAACAAUGAAAUAGUGUGUAUGUGUGUGUAUAAAACAAUUAACUAAAAAAACCCAUUCUAAAUAAAAAUAAAAAUAUCAGUAACAGCUAGCUAAAGGAUAUGACAUACAAAACCUGCUUCAAGUAAAUGUAGACUAAAACAGCUGGAUCUUAGAAACCAUUAGGAAAUAUGGAGGGAACCAAGCAUACAUAGCUGCUAGAGGUCUGAACUGUAAUUUCUGUAAAAAGGCAACAAGUUUUUUAUAACAUUAUUUUACUCUUCUUAAGUAGGGAUUAUUCCUUUUUAAAGAUUUGCAUUAAGUUGCAUAAAAGAUUAUUUUGUUUAAGAGCUGUGUAUGAGAAUCAUGAGCUUGAUACUUUGUUCAUGGGUAUGUAUAUUUACCAGUAUGCGUGACUGUGAAAUACUGUUAUUACUUCUUACUAUAAAUUAUUUCUUAUGAAUUGUUACUUUCUUUCUGGUAUCUAUUUUGGAAAACAGUACUCAAACUUAAUUUCUAUUUUGACUUCAGGCAGAUUUAAGAGCUAUUGGGAAGAAGUUCCUUCCAAGUGACAUCAAUGGCGGAAAGGUGGAAAAGGUAAAAUUGCUGGCUUUUGCAGUACUUGUGUUCAUACAGUACUUGUAUUCCUGCAGCUUUUCCAGCUGAACUUGUCUCUCUUCUUCUCCCUUCUCCAUUUACUGGGCAUCAUCCCUGCAGGGGCUACUGGUGUCAGGUGAUUAACAGGUGGGUUGUCAAAGUCUCUUGCAAGGUUUUCUCAGGUGCCUGGGAGCCAGCUGAUUGUCAGGUGCUUGGGAACAGAGCUGGCUUUUAGGCACUUGGAGAGCACUGUGCAAGCCCUGGGCACCAGGAUGACCGUGCUGCAUGCUGCAUGGAUCAGCUGUGUGAUCUAGUUCCUUUAUCUAGUGAUCUAGGGAACUUGGUGGCACAGCUAAACCAGCGAGGUGAGCUCACUCGCUAUCAGCUGGGUAGUAACUUUAUUCCUGCUGUGAUUGAGUUGUCCAAUCCAGCCACUUCUCUACCCGCCCCACACCUGACGUCACAUAUGCUGUCACAUGCGGGCAGGUGGGGGAAACUGCCCCAAGCACAUCCCCACCCUCGUCGGAACAACGAUAACUAGGGUGUAACAGUACAGUUUCAUGGAACUUAGAAUCAUGAUAUACAAGCUUCAGCCACAAGAUGGCUGCGUUAGAUUAAAUUUGAAGAAAAAUGUUGAACUUCAGCAUAUGGGACAGAUAAUGUAACAGCGUGCCUUAUCGUGAGUAGAGUUAAAUGGUGUUUAAUAUAAUGAUUAUUGUACUUAAACAGGAAAUCUGAUACUUCUCAGUGUAUGAAGGGUUUGAACAAAUUUAGAGCUAAUCCAAACUAUGCGCAGUUAGCAUUUUUUCCAAAUUAUUGUUGGAAUAUUAGGUUUAAGUGCUGAAAUCAAUUUAGGUUAGCAGUCUUGGUCUUCUCUGCAAAUAUCUUUAAUAUCUGUUUGGUUGUACAAAUCAAAAUUAGGGAUCUUUUUAAUAUAUUGUUAUGCUGACGGUGAGACUAGAUCUUCUCUUGUCUUUUUAGUGCUGGGUGUUUAAGCGAAUUUUUUCAGAAGCCUUAGCUCUGUACAGUGGUACCUCGGGUUAAGUACUUAAUUCAUUCUGGAGGUCUGUUCUUAACCUGAAACUGUUCUUAACCUGAAGCACCACUUUAGCUAAUGGGGCCUCCGCACUGCCGGAGCCCGAUUUCUGUUCUCAUCCUGAAGCAAAGUUCUUAACCUGAAGCACUAUUUCUGUGUUAGCGGAGUCUGCAACCUGAAGCGUAUGUAACCCGAGGUACCACUGUAAUUAAAUGUAUAUGUUUAAUGGGGGUAACCAUCAGUUACCAGCCAGUGUGGUGUAGUGGUUAAGAGCGGUAGUCUCGUAAUCUGGGGAACCGGGUUCGCGUCUCCGCUCCUCCACCUGCAGCUGCUGGGUGACCUUGGGCUAGUCACACUUCUCUGAAGUCUCUCAGCCCCACUUACCUCACAGAGUGUUUGUUGUGGGGGAGGAAGGGAAAGGAGAAUGUUAGCCGCUUUGAGACUCCUUAAAGGGAGUGAAAGGCGGGAUAUCAAGUCCAAACUCUUCUUCUUCUUCUUCAGGUGAGAAGCUGAAAAAACAGGGUGCCAAAGUAUAAGCUGCACUUUUGUGGGUCAGAUGGCCUGUAGAUGGACCCAUUUGUUAGAGGAGGGAGAUAAAUUGUGCUUAGACAAGGAAUCAUUUGGUAAAUUCAACAAGGAGGUUUUAGGAUUGGGACAGACAUAAUUUUUCAGAUUCUUCUGUACAAACAGCCUGUAGAUAUUGGACUGCUUCACAUUUUAAGCUAAGCAAUGAUUUAGUGCUAUGUACACAAGCCUAGAAUGAGCCUGAGGAAAGGCCAAUGUCCCCCAGCUCUCCUGUGCAACCAGGAGAAUAGCUUCUUAGGAGCCAGAAUAAAAUUCAGCCACCCCACUUGCUGUACUUAAUAGUUGAAUUUAGCAGCACAGAAGUUCCCGCCACAACUGUUUGGCAAUUGUUUCUGAAGGUUAAAGAAGGUUUUCUAGUGGGUGGGUGUUUUUUGUCAACUCUAUUUUGUCCUGUAUAUCUCCGGCUUUGGUGUCAUUUCACCUCAGCGGCCAGUGAAAUCUGUGCAUGCAUAGGCCCCACUGUCUUCAACUUAACUACUUUCCUGGGAGUAAGCCCCAUUGCAUUCAGUAGGGCUUGCUUGUGAGUAGACACACUUUUGCUUGCACUGCUUAUUGAAAAACACCCUCCCCAUCAUUCUCACAUAGUACCCAACCUCCCAUUUCAGCAUACGGCAGCCAGCUAAAUCUUCUCCCCCCCCCCCAGCCCUCAUCCCAUCAAUCUCCCUUUUUAUCAAAGGGAGGGAGGGAGGCCCAAACAAGCAAUAUUGAUACUGAAAUUUUAAUCAAAUCAUGAUAUCGCUUUUUGUUUUUGUUUUAUAUAAAAAAAAGACCUUCUAAUAUAUUGCAGAUCUUGUGCAUGGUAUUCAGAAAACACAAUAUUGGAAAAACCGGGAAGCUAGUGCUUCUUCCUGUGCUAACUCUGCCUCAGUCAACUGUUCCCUGCCAGCAGGCUGCUGCAAAAAUCGCCACCUCUUUGAGAAUGGGUUAGCUCUCCCCAGUGGCGGAGGAUGCCGUUCGGGCACAUGGGGCUGGGCAAGGGCGGCAACGCACCGCAAGGCCUCCGGAGUCUGCCUGCCUCCUCCCACUCAGCCGCCCUACAGCUGGGGGGAGGCAGCGGGCGGACCGUUGGGGCAGCGCGGAGCCUGAGCACGCCCAAGCCACCAUGUCUCUCCCAGGAGAGAGGCCUGGCUUGGGCGCGCUUCAGGCCCCGCGGUGAGUGCCGCCCGGCAUUUUGUCACCCCCCUCAAUGGCGACACACAGGGCAGCCCUCACCCACCACACCCCCCUUCCUCCACCCUGGCUCUCCUUGCCAUCCCUACUAAUAGCUACAAUAAAGGUAAAGGUAAAGGUACCCCUGCCCGUACGGGCCAGUCUUGACAGACUCUAGGGUUGUGCGCUCAUCUCACUCUAGAGGCCGGGAGCCAGCGCUGUCCGCAGACACUUCCGGGUCACGUGGCCAGCGUGACGAAGCUGCUCCGGCGAACUGGCACCAGAGCAGCACACGGAAACGCCGUUUACCUUCCCGCUAGAAAGCGGUACCUAUUUAUCUACUUGCACUUAAUUGUGCUUUCAAACUGUUAGGUGGGCAGGAGCUGGGACCGAACGACCGCCGCGGGGAUUCGAACCGCCGACCAUGCGAUUGGCAAGUCCUAGGCGCUGAGGUUUUACCCACAGCGCCACCCGCGUCCCUGGAAUAGCUACAAUAGUCUGCUGCAAAAAUUCCUGCCUUUUUCAGUUAGCUCUCCCCGUCAUCACUACAAAUAGCUACAAAAACUGGUUACAGGCUGAGCAAAAAUCACUGCAACCGCUGCACAGUCUCCUCUGCCUCCUAAUCGUUUUUCACUUCCAAAUUGCUUGCUUCCUUGCUCCAGUGAUGCUGAGUCUCUGUGGCACAACACUUACAAGGAACUACUCUGUGAUGCUGCUGCUGCUGCUCGCUCUCUGUCCCGUUCUCUUUGUUAACUCUUUCCCUUCGAAAUUGCUUGCUUCCUUGCUCCAUCUCUCUCUGUCUCUCUCCCUCUCUCUCUCUCUCUCUCUCUCUCUCUCUCUCCCUCUCUCUGUGUGUGUCUGUGUCUGUGUCUCUUUCCCCUCCCUUGUUGGUGCUGGAGCCCUUUGUUAGCUGUGUAUAGAACCCCCCCCCCGCUUGACUUUCAACUUGCUUCAGAAUAAAGGGGGGGGGGAGCCCCUGUGUUUGUUGUGUGCACCUUUCUUUUGGGGCAGAAGCAGCCCACAGGUUUCUUAUUAACCCAGCCUAUGCAGCCAGCCCCAUGUUAACUCUGUGAGUCUUCCAGCUUACCAGUCCAAGCAGGAGGGAAAUACCCUCUCGAGAUGCUUGUUGGCUUGCAAGUUGCUUCAGAGUAAAAGAAAAAAAGCACUCUGCUCUGCCUUUUGAACCUUUCCCCCCAUCUGCAUCUGUGUCUCUCCCCCUCAUUAUGCCCCCCCUCAUUUUCUCUUCCAAUCCCAUACCGUACCCUAGAACUCUUCCCAAUUCUCUCCUGGCCCCUUUGGUUUUUCACACAUUUGUUAUUAAUAACAAAUUAAUACAUUGAUAUUAAAUGUGAAGUUUGGGUGCACAGUUAGAAAAGAAUGAAAGUGAGCCUACUGCAACCAUUAUAGGUCUAGCCUCUGUGUGACCCAAGGUUCCACCUGCAUUUCUUGGAGGCUCCUGAGGUUGUCAGACAGGAUGCCAUAAAGAAGAUGACAGACUUGCAUGGGACUCUGCUGCUUAUACAGAGCCAAAUACUCACCAUGCUCCAUAGAAAAGGGGUUGGCAAAAAAUGUUUAUUUCAAGUGGAGGACCAAAGAGCUAAAAUAACUAUAUGGCUAUGCCAACAGUGGACAUUGAUGAAUGCCCUUUGAUAUGGUGAACGGCACAUGAGGCAUCCUUCCCACCUUUGCAUGGUGCAUGCAAAGAAGUUUUGGGCUAUCCCAGGAACGAGUGUGCCUUCUGAAAGUGUGUUCAGCACAUGUUCUUCAGAGACAAAUGGCAUCUCUAUUGCCAGAGAAUGCUGAAAUGCAAAUUUUCCUUGCAAAAUUUUUCAUUUAAUCAUUUUUUGUUCUGUAAAAUUUUAUCCAUUCUUUCUGGUUUGGCCUGGCUUAGAAAAGAAAAUUACCCAUCAAUCAGAUAACUGGUUUGUGGGAUGUAUAAGACUCAGUGAAUACUUGAAUAUCUAAAAGUGUGACACUGAAUUGGUGUUUUGCUUGUUUAGUAACGUAAUUAAAAUUUUAGUAAACAUUCUCUCACCUUACUUUUGAUAUAUGCUACUGAUUACCGUAUUUUUUGCUCUAUAAGACUCACUUUUUCCCUCCUAAAAAAUAAGGGGAAAUGUGUGUGUGUCUUAUGGAGCAAAUGCAGGCUGUGCAGCUAUCACAGAAGCCAGAAGAGCAAGAGGGAUUGCUGCUUUCACUGCGCAGCAAUCCCUCUUGCUCUUCUUGGCUUCUGAGAUUCAGAAUAUUUUUCUUCUUGUUUUCCUCCUCCAAAAACUAGGUGCGUCUUGUGGUCUGGUGCGUCUUAUAGAGCAAAAAAUACGGUACUUCUACAGCUUUAAUUUUAGAGAAAAUGUGCUGAUUUAAACAUUAUUGGUACAGUACCACUAUAACAUAGCAGUUGUAACAAUAUGUUAAAGGUAAGUAAAAAAUUAGCAGUUUUAGAAUUAGACUCAUAAGUAGUAGCAGUUGUCAGGACAUUACCACGUUCACCUCUACAUAGCUCCAGCCUUAUUUCAGAUAUUGUGAUAUAUUGAAAUAUUGCAGUGUUUAGCUGGUGAUAUAUCGUGAUGUUGAAAACCAGAUAUCGCCCAACCCUAGUGUCCAUAGAAAUGAUGGCAGCGCUCUGGCAACAAUAAUAAUGAAGUAUAAUUAAAAAUGUUUUUUUUAGGUAACCUAAUACCUACCAGAACCAUUUCCUAUAGUAGUUACACAAAAUAUAACAAAGCUAAUUAAAGUAAUUUUGCCAUUGGUCUUCACAGCUAGAAGGUCCAUGUGUUCUACAAAUCCAAAAAGUACGCAAUAUAGCUGCACCAAAGGAUAAUGAAGAAUCUCAGGCUGCUCCAAGAAUGCUGCGUUUGCAGAUGACUGAUGGACACACAAGCUGCACUGCAAUAGAAUAUAAUUAUAUGUCCAAAAUAAGGUAAACAAUACUUAUUUUGCUUUAUAUUGACUGAAAGCACAUUACAUUUUAGAACUCUCAAAGGCAUUUCAAUAUAUAGAAUAUGUCUGAGUUUACAAUAUCUUUUGAAGGAGAAAAAGUUUGUUCCAGAAGUGAAGAAAUAAUAAUCCUAUACGAAGAAAUCCUUCAUAUCUUUUUCUGUUUGUGGUUUAUGCCUCCAAGAAUAAAUUGACUGCUAAUCUCUCAUAGUGGUCCUUGGUUUACAAUAGCUGAAAACACAGAAGUACACUGUAAAAGUAAAACAUUUAUAAGAAAUUAAUUUAAUUUAGGGUGUUACGUGUUAUACACAGCUAUAGUUAAAGCUGUCCUUCAGAUUCUUUGGGCAAUUGUGUGCCUAUAUGAUACCCAUUCAAGUAAUCAGCUGGAGUUUAACAUAGGGUGAUAACAGCUGAAAGGCCAUCUGGCCAGCUGAUUAGUUGUGUACAUAAAAUGAGUGUAAUUUCAUUACUAAAAAUGCUAAUGAAUUGCAUAAUAGGUAUGCUGGAUUAGACUACAUAUGAAUUAGUGACUUGAUGAGAAGCCGUGUGCAAAGCUCAUUGGCUUUACACGUAUGGUAAACCAUAAAGAGAUUGCAGAGCAGUUUGUGCACUAAGAAAUUACUUGGUGAGCAAAAUCAAGAAUAUCUUAACAUUAUACAAAAGCCUUUCUCUCUGUAAGAGCCAACGUCUAGGGGCUGAGGGGGCUUCUUGCCCAAAUAAAAUAUUUGAGGGUGCUGUGGCCCUCAAAGUUGAUGGACAUUGCCCUUCAAAUAGCAUGCAGGCACCGCAUCAGGGGGGACUUACCUGCCCCCCAUAUUUUAUACAAGUUGGCACCCCUGCCAACACCAAUUUAAAACUGCCCUGCAACAUUCCUGAAGCUUCUCUAACAGAAAGCUGCUACCCCAUGCACAUUCAUAGUUACACUACAUAGGGAUAUGCAAGAUUGUGCAAGGUUGCACCCAGAUACGUUUACCCUAGUGCUAGUUUGUGAUUAAUCAUAAGACUUGUUGUCUUUACACAACUUCUCCCCACAGCUUUAGAGGCCACAGUACAACUGGAACACUGCCUCCAUAUUAGAUAUUCUGUCCUUUUCCAUGUUGGUCAAGGAGGUAUGCUCCUGUUUUAUCCUAUAUUAUCUACACAGUUGCCUUAAAUCUUGCAACAAGACAGCACUGGAGGUAGUGUGGUGGCCAGGAUUAGGUAUUUGGUUUCAUAGUUGUAUGUAUCCUUUAGAUCUACUUUAGUAUAAAACCAUUCAAGAACCACUGUGGCUUCACUUUAAUUGCCCAUAUUUCUUCCCAGAGCUCAUGUGCCCAUUUUCUCAUUAUCUGUAGAUGAAAGCAUGUUAGGCAUCCAAAAAUAAGUGUGAAGUUGUACUCCAGUACCAAAAGAUCGGUCCAGCUUUGCAAGAUCCUACAGGACAAACCUUCAAUUUUAUAUUUGAAUAAAUUGUAUACUAUUUAAUUAAAUAGUUUCAAAGACAACGUUUUUGUUUCUGAAAAUGUGAAAUGCUGGUUUUGUCAUCUUAGUUCUUUAAAAGAAACAUGUUUCUUUCUGGAAAAAGUUGUCCUUUAAAUAAAACCUAAGUGAAGAAUAAAGUUUAUUUGCACCUGUGCUUGUCAAAAUAUUUUUUUCAAAGCAGUUUCUAGAAAGAAAACAAAAUAGAGUGACAGUAAAAGCACAGCUUAAAAUAGCUCAGCAUUUUUUAGAAAAGAAGAUUUUACAUAAGCAAAAAUUGGCUACAAAAUAUAUUUAAAACAUUUUCAGCAUCUGUCCAAAUGGGGGGUGGGGGCUUCUCUAGUUUCUUCAAGUGCAGAAUUCUGCGAUUGCAGUGCCAGUGAUCAAAAUUUUGCUAAUGACUGGCUGGAGUUUAGAUUCUCAGAUGCUGAUCUUGGGCAGUCCUUAAAGUAACCUGGUUCUAGACUGCUUACACAUUUUGAGGAUUAAUAGAACACUUUAAACUGAGCCUGGAAACAAACAAUGUAUUACUGCAACAUGCUCUGACCACCCUUGUACCAUUUGCAGUUUUUGAACUAGAACAAAAUGGCAGCUCUGCAGAAGGAGCCUGCUGACUUUAAUUCAGCACUCUUUUUCUUGAGGAUGGAAGUUGUCACAUAUUAUGUUAGUUAAUAAACUAUGAUUGUAGUAUUCAUGGAGAUCUGGAAGUAAUUCGCAUCACCUCAACUGUCUUAAUAGAGCUGUUGGCAAAGGGCAGGACUGAGCAAUAUCUAGACCAGGCAUAGGCAAACUCCAGCCCUCCAGAUGUUUGGGACUACAAUUUCCAUCAUCCCUAGCUAACAGGACCAGUGGGUCAGGGAUGAUGGGAAUUCUACUCCCAAACAUCUGGAGGGCCAGAGUUUGCCUAUCCCUGAUCUAGACCACCAGCUCAUCUGAUAAGAUGCUAGACUAGGAAUAUGGAAGACCAAACUCCACAGUUGGGCUCCUUCCUUCAUCUGUGACCAACGCAGAAUGCAACAGGGUCUGUAUGGAGCCAACAUUAUAAUGAAGAUGGUGAAAGUAGAAUGAACAUCUUUUUUCAUUCAGUAAUGCUUGACAGGGAUUUGGAAUUUCUCAUGACACUUUGUACUAGAGGUGUCUUGAUGCUGUUGGUGGAUUACAGAUAUGUGAUGGGUCUCUAUCUCCUUUCUGUGCUGCUUGGCCAAUGUCUGAAGCCCUUUGCUUCAUUGGGAGGGCUGCAUGCUUUGGAUCCUCAAGGUCCCAGUAGCAAGGCUGUGAAUUCUCACAUGCUACUGUAAAGGUGUCUCAGUCAUGAGACGCCCCAUAUUCAGAUAUCUGAAUCUCAUAUCUCCUUUGUGUGCUGUUCCAUUUCCAGGAACAGGGUUUGUUCUCACCUAAGUAUCCCUAGUCAGAGCUCAGUUUCUGAAGUGAUUGACAGCUGAUUUUCUUAAUAUAUUCUGUCAAUUUGACAGAUGAGUGAACAGUUGAAAACUACCAUUGUAAUGAUUGAUGUUCUAUAGAUGCUGCAGCACUGAAAAUGUGUUUUUUGUUUACCUAUUUUGCCACUGAACAAUGGAGGCACUUGGAAAAAAACGUACAGUAAAACACGUUUUCUGUGAGUGCUUCCAGAAGCAAUAUGGAGAUGGAUUCUUACUAUGCUUCCUGCAUAAGGUGAUAGUGCUGGGCCAUGUGUUUUCUCAUGACUACAUCUUCAAGUGCAGAUAUCUUCAAGUGCAGUGAGUCCUUUCUAGUGAUACCUAAAUAAGUCACAUAGCUAUUUAGCAUUAAAACAGAAUGCACUGUAGUUUCACACUACCAAAUUAUUUAAUAUGUAUCACAUAAUAAAUAACUUAGAACUGAUUCAGUGUAAUGGUGAUUCAGAACAAAAUACUGAAAUAAUACUUUCGUCAAUACUUGUGGAGUUCCUCUUGUUCUUGUGUUUAGUCUGAACACUCCUCCUGGAACGAAAAUUAAACUGCUGGGAAUUGUGGAAGUGAAAAAUGGCAUCCUCCUUCUGGAUGACAGCAACACAGUGAUUCUUGGCGGUGAAGUGGACCAUCUUAUAGAAAAGUGGGAGUUGCAAAGGGUGAGGUAACAUGCUUUUCCCUACCUUAAGCUGAAUAAUAAUAAUAAUAAUAACAAUAAUAACAAUAAUAAUAAUAAUUAAUUUUAUUAUUAUUUAUACCCCAUCCAUCUAGCUGGGUUUUCCCCAGCCACUCUGGGCAGCUUACAGCAUAUCUAAAAUCAAAAUAAAAAUAUCAAGCAUUAAAAACCUCCUGAUACAGGGCUGCUUUCAGAUGUCUUCUAAAAGUUGUGUAAUUCUUCAUCUCCUUGACAUCUGAGGUGUUCCCCAGGGAGAUUGCCACUACUGAGAAGGCCCUCUGCCUGGUUCCCUGUAACUUCGCUUCCUCCAAAGAGGGAACCAGCAGAAGACCCUCAGAGAAGGACCUCAGUGUCUGGGCUGAAUGAUGGGGGUGACGCUCCUUCAGGUAUAUUAGUUAAACUUCAAAUUAUUUAUUAGGUAUAUGAAAAUGAAGGCAUUGUGAUUGUGUUACAAAGCACAUUUAAUUAAGUCACAUUGUAAUGUGCAUUAAAAAUGUUUUUAUGGAAAGGUCAGGAUUUAAGCUGGGGAUGGGGAAUCAUAGGCUUGGGGGGGCAUACCUGGCCUCUGGGGCUCCCCAAGACCAUCCCCCCAGACCACAGCCUUCACCAGUCCUGCUCCACACUCUCCUCAAGUUAUUUUCCUCCGGAAUGUGUCCUUGUGCUGAUGCUUCUUGCUGGCCUGGAUGGAGAGAUGCAUGGUGUCUAUGGUGCAGAAUGUGGGAGGGUACAGAGGAAAGUAGAGCAUCCAUUGCUCUAUCCAUGUUUGCCUCUGGCCCUAAAAUGCUGUCAGGUUGCUCACGAGGGGAUUCUCCAUCCCUGAUUUAAACCCAGAAAAUUUAGCAUUUUGUUAGCAUUCUGAGGUGUCAGAGAAAAAUGGGCUGGCAAAAGUUCCACACUGGAGGUGGGCCGUUUCUAUACCAGCCUUCUAUCCAGUGUCAGUGUGGUACUGUAAAUGUCAUAAAGCUCUCUGAUUUCCUUGCUGAGGCUUUUUACUUUUUGCCUCUUCACUUUAUGGGAAAACCUGUCUCUUUCCUGAGGCACUUCAGAAAGAACUUAGCAAACACUCCUUGUACAUCUCUUGAAUAGUGGUUUUUGUCUGAUUAUAUGUACCGUAUUUUUUGCUCUAUAAGACUCACUUUUCCCCUCCUAAAAAGGGGAAAUGUGUGUGCGUCUUAUGGAGCAAUGCAGGCUGCGCAGCUAUCCCAGAAGCCAGAACAGCAAGAGGGAUUGCUCCUUUCACUGCGCAGCGAUCCCUCUUGCUGUUCUGGCUUCAGAGAUUCAGAAUAUUUUUUUUCUUGUUUUCCUCCUCCAAAAACCAGUCUUGGGGUCUGGUGCGUCUUAUAGAGCGAAAAAUACAGUAUUUAUUGCAAUAAUGUAUAACCUGCUUUUCAUGAUGUAAAUCUUUCCAAGGCAGCUUGCAGAGUAACAAAACUGUUAAUAAAACUGCUAUCACACUAUCAAAAUAUUAAGCAGGAUCCUUCCCAGAAGGCAGGUGUGGUAAAAGAUCUUGGGGUGUGGGAGGGCAUAGUCCCUCUGGAGCAGCCUCUAAGGUGGUCUUUUUCCUGCCUAAUAAAUUGAUAUCUAGCGCUGGUUGAAGACACAGUGUGUAAAACACGAAGUUCUGUGGUUUGUGUAGCAUGUUUCCACCCUACAUUUCUUUGAAUCCCUAGAACUUCCUAUUCCUCAGUAAAAAGACUUCGUAUGUAUUUCUUUCUAGAGGCACAAGCUUAAUGCCCAAUUCAAACUGGGUAGUUGAUUUGCUUGUUUAGAAAGUUUGCCUUCUCUCUUUGUCUCCUUCAAGCUUUCCUGUGCCUUCACACUCUUCUCAUGACACCUGUGCUUCUAGUAAGGUUGAUCAGUAAGUUGGUAGAUACAGGGCAUGACGGGUAGAAUGUCCUACCUCUUGCUGUGGCAAUACCAGAUAAUGAUAAUGUUGCUCAAUUUCACAGAGCUUAUCGAAACACAACAGAAGUAACAUAGGAACGGAAGGUGGACCUCCUCCCUUUGUGCCUUUUGGGCAGGUAUGACGUGCUUUUAAAUAGAUUUAAACUUUGAAACAGAAGCGACUCUGUUGUAUCUUAGAAUAUUUCUUAUUAUUAUUUCUUACUAUUUAUUGAAUAUAUAUACCGCCCCAUACCCAGAGGCUUUAUUUUAAAAAAGCUACAUAUAGGACUUUUUAUUUCAAUACUUUGGCAUUGUGUUCUUUAGAGUCUAGUGUUUAACAGGAUAUGGUGCAGGAAAAAGAUAUUUAAGCAUUAAUUUACAAAUCGAUAUAACUGUAAGAAACUAGUUUGAACAUAAUGCUUUUCUACAUGUUUGAGAACUUUCAAGCGGCGGCCAAGUGCUUUCCCAGUCCAUUCUUUCAAGUGCCACAAGGAACAUCAGCUACGUGAUACUUCCUAUUUAGCAAUUAAAUGUUUGGUUAGAUAUCUUUUUCAUUUUAAGUUUUGCCCUUGCUUUGUACUUAGCUGUGUGUACAUGGGCCAUCUGUAUUGGUUUGUUUUUAGAGUGCGCGCGUGCACACACACACACCCAGUUUCUUGUGCACGUACCUAUGUCAAUGAGACUAUAUUCUAAAAGCAGCUUGAUCUGUGGGGUAGAAAGUUUCAAUUUCCGCUAUUUGGUACCAACUGGUUGUCUAGAAAUGGAGUAUUCUUCAUCCAGUAGAGAGGAUUCUUUAAUCAAAGCAAGACCUGAGUGGGGCUGGACUGGGAGGCUUCCUCUGUUUUUUUUUUUAUAAGAUAUUUAUUAAGAUUUUUAAAAAUAUUACAAUAAAAAUGAAAAAAAAAUGACAAAAAUACAAAAUAAAAAUAGUUAAAAACACACAGAUUUUCCAUUACUUAUUUUCCUUUGACUUAUUUCCCGGACCUCCUCAUACCUCCCUUUUUUGUAUUCCACUUCAAUCUGUUGGUUCAGCAAAUCCUUUAAAAAUAAUAAUAUUAAAUUUUUACCUAUUUAUAACCCUUUUUUUCAUAUUCCCUUAAAGCAUUACAGCUGGAAACCACUUAAUUACUAUCCAACAUCAUUCUAACAUUCAUUAAUUUUACAAUAUUUCUGUAGAUAAUCUUUAAAUUUCUUCCAAUCUUCUUCCACCGACUCUUCUCCCUGGUCUCGGAUUCUGCCCGUCAUUUCUGCCAGUUCCAUAUAGUCCAUCAGCUUCAUCUGCCAUUCUUCCACAGUGGGUAAAUCUUGUGUCUUCCAAUACUUUGCAAUGAGUAUUCUUGCUGCUGUUGUGGCAUACAUAAAAAAAGUUCUGUCCUUCUUUGGCACCAAUUGGCCGACUAUGCCCAGGAGAAAGGCCUCUGGUUUCUUCAAGAAGGUAUAUUUAAAUACCUUUUUCAAUUCAUUAUAUAUCAUUUCCCAGAAGGCCUUAAUCCUUGGGCACGUCCACCAAAGGUGAAAGAAUGUACCUUCAGUUUCUUUACAUUUCCAACAUUUAUUGUCGGGCAAAUGAUAGAUUUUUGCAAGCUUGACUGGGGUCAUGUACCACCUGUAUAUCAUUUUCAUAAUAUUCUCUCUUAGGACAUUACAUGCCGUAAACUUCAUACCUGUGGUCCAUAACUGUUCCCAGUCAGCAAACAUAAUAUUAUGUCCAACAUCUUGUGCCCAUUUAAUCAUAGCAGAUUUCACCGUUUCAUCCUGAGUAUUCCAAUUCAACAGCAAGUUAUACAUUCUUGACAAAUUCUUAGUUUUGGGUUCUAACAGUUCUGUUUCUAAUUUUGAUUUUUCCACCUGGAAGCCAAUUUUCUUGUCCAAAUUAUAUGCCUCCAUUAUCUGAUAAUAAUGAAGCCAGUCUCGCACUUUAUUUUUUAGUUUCUCAAAACUCUGCAGUUUCAGUCUAUCUCCAUCUUGUUCCAAGAUUUCCCAAUAUUUCGGCCAAUUGGCCUCCAUAUUGAGCCUUUUCAAAGCUUUCGCUUCCAUCGGUGACAGCCACCUUGGGGUUUUGUUUUCCAAUAAAUCCUUGUAUCUUAUCCAAACAUUAAACAGUGCUUUCCUGACAAUAUGGGUUUUAAAUGCUUUAUGUGCUUUGACCUUGUCAUACCACAGAUAUGCAUGCCAUCCAAAUACAUUGUUAAAACCUUCUAAGUCCAAAAUGUCUGUGUUUUCAAGAAGUAGCCAUUCUUUCAACCAGCAAAAAGCUGCUGAUUCAUAGUAAAGUUUAAAGUCUGGCAGGGCAAAUCCACCCCUUUCCUUUGCAUCAGUUAAUAUCUUAAAUUUUAUUCUGGGCUUCUUGCCCUGCCAGACAAAUCUAGAAAUAUCUCUCUGCCACUUCUUGAAACAGUCCAUCUUGUCCACAAUUUGCAAUGUUUGAAACAAAAACAGCAUUCUAGGCAAUACAUUCAUUUUUAUCACAGCAAUACGACCCAACAGUGAAAGCUUCAAAUUUGACCAGAUUUCUAAAUCUUUUUCACUUCCGUCCAACAUUUUUCAUAAUUAUCUUUAAAUAAGUUCCCAUUUUUGGCUGUCAUAUUAAUCCCCAGGUAUUUCACUUUCUUAACCACAGUCAAGCCUGUCUCAUUCUGAAACCUCUCUCUUUCAAUCGGUGUUAAAUUUUUCUCUAAAACCUUAGUUUUUAACUUGUUCAGUUUAAAUCCUGCCAGUUGACCAAAUUCUUGAAUUAGUUCUAAAACCCUUUUAGUACUAGAUUCUGGCUCCUGUAACGUCAAUACUAAGUCAUCUGCAAAUGCUCUCAGUUUGUACUGUUUGGCUCCGACCUGUAUACCUUUGACCAACCGGUCCCUUCUAAUCAUAUUCAGCAGAACCUCCAGGACCGAUAUAAAAAGCAGUGGGGAGAUUGGGCACCCCUGUCGUGUCCCUUUUUCUAUCUUAAAUUCUUCCGUCACCACAUUAUUUACAAUUAAUUUAGCCUUUUGUUCAGAGUAUAUUGCACCUAUACCAUUUUCAAAACCUUGGCCUACCCCCAUCCCCUGUAGGUUCUUCUUCAUGAAGCUCCAAGAGAUGUUGUCAAAGGCUUUCUCCGCGUCCACAAAUAUCAGAACUGCUUUAGUAUUUAUAUUCACUUCUAGUUUUUCCAAAAUAUCAAUUAUAUUUCUCAAAUUAUCAGACAAGUGUCUUCCUGGGAGAAAGCCCGCUUGGUCUUUAUGGAUCUCUUCCAUCAAUACUUUUUUCAGUCUCUUGGCCAAAAUGUCUGCAAAAAUUUUGUAAUCCACAUUAAGUAACGAUAUAGGGCGGUAGUUCUUAAGCUGAGUCUUUUCAGUCUCUGUUUUCGGUAUAAGUGUAAUGUACGCCUCUUUCCACGACUCUGGUGCCCUUCUUCCUUCCAAUAUUUCAUUACAGACUUCCUUCAAAGGUUGUAAUAGCCACUCUUUCAAAGAUCUAUAAUAUCUAGAAGUCAACCCAUCCGGUCCUGGAGAUUUGCCCAAUUGCAUAUUUUGAAUGGCACCUUCUACUUCCUGUUCAAAUAUUUUGUAGUUCAACAUUAAUUUACUUUCUUGGGAGAUUUUUUGUAGUCCAUUUGUCUUCAAAAAUUUGUCUAUGUCCAUUUAUUUCUGUGGCCCUUGUGUGUAUAAUUGUUUAAAAUACCUCUGGAAACAGUUUCUAAUCUCAAUUGGGUUAUGCAUGUUCUUUCCUUCCACUUCUAAGUUUGUGAUAGUAUUUAAUUUUUGUCUUUUUUUCAUUUGCCAGGCCAGCAAUUUCCCACAUUUAUUAGCUGAUUCAAAUGUUUUUUGUCUCAUUUGUUUAAUUUUCCAUUCUAUUUCCUGAUUCAUCAUUUCCAUAUAUUGUACUUGAUAUAAUUUUAUUUCUCUCAAAAUCUCCUGCGACUUUGGUUUUGCUCUCAGUUUCUUCUCACUUUCUUUUAUUUUCUCCAAAAUUUUAUCUUUCUUCUCAUUUUGACUUCUCUUCUUUAUUGCAUUCUGUUGUAUCAGAAACCCUCUCAUAACAGCUUUACUUGCGUCCCAGAUUACUCUUUUUCUACAUUGGUGUUCAUAUUUAUUUCAAAAUAAUCUCUCAAAGUUUUUGGGCCUUUUUAUAGACUUCUUCAUCUCUAAAUAAGGUGUCAUUCAUCCUCCAUCUGAAGGAGCCAGUUGAUAUUUGUUUCAUCUCCAUCCUUACAGCGUUAUGGUCGGAGCAGGUUUUUGGGCAGAUUUCCACUUUCUUUAUCUUUGGUGCCAUUCCUCUAGUUACCCAUAUUUGGUCAAUUCUAGUCCAUGUCAUCUUGGCUUCAGAAAAGAAAGUUCCCUCUCUUCCCAGGGGGUUCUUUACUCUCCAAAUGUCCACUAAGUCCAUAUUGUCUGUCAUCUCAAAAAAUGUUUUCGGUAGUCUACCAUCCUUGGUAACUACCUGUCUUUGUGCCUUGUCCAUGUUUGUAGAUACUACUCCAUUCAUAUCCCCCAUCAGAAUCAGAUUGUAAUCCAAAUAGUCCAAUAAAGUCUCAUGCAACUUUUUAAAGAAUUCAGAUUUCCCCUCAUUCGGUGCAUAAAUUCCUACGAUCAAAAAUUUCUCUCCUUGAACUUGAAUUUCAAUUGCCAAAAAUCUGCCUUGUUCAUCUUUAAAAAUUAAUUUCGGUGAUAGUCUCUCCUUUGCAUAUAUCACAACUCCUCUUUUUUUAACUUUGUCAGAUGAGAUAAACUCCUGUCCCAAUCUUUUAUUAAUCAGUAGUUUCCUGUGUAGCCUUGUUACAUGUGUUUCUUGUAAGCAAAUCAAGUCCAAUUGUUCCUUUUUUAGUAAAUGAAAAACACUUUUUCUCUUUCGAGGAGAGUUCAAACCAUUACAAUUCCAACUUAACAGUUGCAGAGCCAUGAUGGGGUUACUUCGCUUUACCUCCAACUGCGCCAAGUGUCUGUUCUUGUUCUGUCGAUGGUGUCUCUUCCUCUGGAGCCUCUUGUCCACUUCUUGGAACCUGCACAGUCCCAAAAGAUCUUUAAGGGAGAGGAAGAGACAGGGGAUCAUGCUGGGCUGCUUGAGUAACACAAUUGCUCUCUUAUAAUUUAUCUGUCUUUAUUUCCUGUGUAGUAGAGACUGGGAAGUUCAGAUCACAACUAGAAUCUGGCAUGUGGCUGUAUUGUGAUUUGAUUCUAUUAUAUUAAAAAUGAAAUACAUGGUUGAUGGAGCUGCUUUUUAAAUAUGCUUUUACAUUUCCAGAAGUGUGUAUCUCAGCUUCAAGUGGACAGCAGGGAGCUGGAUCGGAGAAAAACUCUGCAAGUGACAAGCACAGCGAAACCUGCCGGGGACAAUGAUGAGUUUGAAAAACAGCGAACAGCUGCUAUUGCAGAAGUAGCAAAAAGCAAAGAGGUUAGAAAUAGGGUCUGCAGUAUAUUAUUAUUAUUAUUAUUAUUAUUAUUUACAAUAAAUUUGUAAUUUGUGGAGGUACUAUAAUGUCUGUGCGUUCUUUUCUUGGUAUUGUAUGGAGAAAUGAAUAUGAAGGUAUUUGCUGUGUUCCCACAAAAUAAAUUAUCCAGUGAGGAGAAAGGGGGUUCUAAAGGAAUUUGGCAUGGAGUACUGCUGAAGAGAAAAUCACCCAAUCAGUUUAGAAGCAUGCAUUGUUCUAUAUUCAUUGAUUAUAGUUAUUUAAGCUAAUUAGAAAACUUGAGUACAGUGAUACCUCAGGUUAAGAACUUAAUUCAUUCUGGAGGUCCAUUCUUAACCUGAAACUGUUCUUAACCUGAGGUACCACUUUAGCUAAUGGAGCCACCCGCUGCUGCCACGCGAUUUGUGUUCUCAUCCUGAAGCAAAGUUCUUAACCCGAUGUACUAUUUCUGGGUUAGUAGAGUCUGUAACCCGAAGCAUCUGUAACCUGAAGCGUCUGUAACCCGAAGUACCACUGUAUGUAAGAAAGAAAAAAAGAUAGAUAGAUAGAUAGAUAGAUAGAUAGAUAGAUAGAUAUUGGAAACAUAUGUUUCAUUGUAACUUAUCUCAGUACCCAGUUGUUUGUUUGCUUGCUUGCUUGUUUUGGAAAGACCAGAAAUGCAGGAGGAGUAGAUUGUUCAGAUAUCACACUAGCCAAGGAUUAAAAUGAAUAUGUAUAUUGAAUCACAUAAAUAUGUCAGACUUAGGGUAGAUGUUUUGACUGGUUUAUUUCAUACAUAAAAUGUUUUGGAACCAAAACAUUUUGUUAUGUAUAAAAGCAAGCAGUUUUAGUAAUGUAAAAGGUCCCUUAAACUAAAAGCCUAACCGUACUGCCUGUGUAAUCUCUAUAAUGUAUUGGUGAUGAAAUAUUCUUCCUUCCAAUUUCUGAUUUAAGUUGUUUUUUAUAUAAGUUGUGGGAUUCUCUCCCCACAGAGGUGUGUCUGGCUUCUUCAUUCUGUGGCUUUGCACCUCUUUGCCUUUGACACCUGAAAUGUGUGUUUUCAUAGCCCACUCUGUUCUUGUAACUAUAAUCUGUUUUACAUGUUUCUUAUUCUGAGUUUUAAAUUGUUGUAACCUAGCCUGGGAGCUGUUUGUGAAGGUUGGGUAAUAAAUUUGAUAGUAAUAAUAAUACCCAAUUAUGCUUGUUAAAACCUUUUUACAGUAUUUUGUGGUUUCUAGAGAGACCAGAAGUGGAGCUAGAAAUCAAAAUUUUGUUUGCAGGAAUGCUAAAAAUGAGUAUUUUCAGACUGGCUUUCCAUAGUGGUUAUAUAAAGAAAGUUAGUACUGGUGGUACUGAAAGAUUAUUUUCCUUAUCUCUUCUCUAAAGACUAAAACGUUUGGAGGAGGUGGCAGUACUAGAAGCAAUCUCAGUGUGAGUACAGGAGGGAAUCGAAUCAGGGAAGUGUUCCAAAAAGAGAAGAUCAAGCCUGAGGGGAAAAAUGAAGGCGUCUAUCGAGAACUGGUAAGGCUGGAAUCUCAGCAAGCCUUCAAACACCAGUAUUUUAUAUGAAGGAUGUUCAGGGGGAGGGGAGGGGAUGUUUUUGUGCAAGGUAUGCAGAUAUCUUGACUACCAGUACAAUUCCUAUGUGUUACAUUCCGUGGAGCUUACUGAAGGGUACUUCAGUUAGGAUUGCAGCCUAACUCAAUAUUUGAUUAAAGUAAAAUGUUAAAUUGCAAGAAAAUUGAAAACCAAUUGUCAUGGCUGAAAGGUAACAUCUUUGCAGAUAUGUUUCUUAUAAUCCAGAUUUCUCCCCCAUUCAGAUGGAUGUUGAGCUUUUCAACUAUGAAAAUAUUGCUGGAUUUUAGUGACAACAUCAUCAACAACAACAAUCAUCAUCAUCUAUUUCUACCUCGCUCAUCUGGCUGGGUUUCCCCAGCCACUCUGGGUGGCUUCUAACAAAAGAUUAAAAAUACAUUAAAACACCAAUCAUUAAAAUUUCCCUAAACAGGGCUGCCUUCAGAUGUCUUCUAAAUGUCAUAUAGUUGUUUAUUUCUUUGACAUUUGAUGGGAGAGUGUUCCACAGGGCAGGUGCCACUACUGAGAAGGCCCUCUGCCUGGUUCCCUGUAACCUCACUUCUUGCAGUGACGAAACCGCCAGAAGACCCUGGGUGCUGGACCUCAGUGUCCAGGUUGAACGAUGGGGGUGGAGACGCUCCUUCAGGUAUACUAGGCUGAGGCCAUUUAGGGCUUUAGAGGUCAGCACCAACACUUUGACUUGUGCUUGGAAACGUACUGGGAGCCAAUGUAGGUCUUUCAAGACUGGUGUUGUAUAGUCUUGGCGGCCGCUCCCAGUCACCAGUCUAGCUGCCGCAUUCUGGAUUGGUUGUAGUUUCCGGGUCACCUUCAAAGGUAGCCCCACGUAGAGCGCAUUGCAGUAGUCCAAAUGGGAGAUUACCAGAGCAUGUGCCACUCUGGUGAGACAGUCUGCUGGCAGGUAGGGUCUCAGCCUGCAUACCAGAUGGAGCUGGGAGACAGCUACCCUGGACACAGAAUUGACCUGCGCCUCCGUGGAUGGCUGUGAGUCCAAAAUGACCCCCAGGCUGCACACCUGGUCCUUCAGGGGCACAGUUGCCCCAUUCAGGACCAGGAAGUCCCCCACACCCACCCGCCCCCUGUCCCCCACUAAAACUGGUUUAAAAUGUUGUUCUUUUGCCAAAUCUGUAGUUUGACAUCAGCCUUGCUAGUAAUUAUUUAAAAGUCAUUGUGGCAGCAGUGUGCAAGUUGAACUGUUCUUGCAAGCUGUGGCCAGGAUCCAGACAAAUGCAAAGCUAGUACCUUGUGUCUUUAUUGAACAGCAGUUCCCUGUGCUAUACUGUGAACUGCUUCUGAAACUGAAGGAGCUUUCAAAAGCAGUUUGGCGUGGAGGUUAGCUAUUCAAGAGGAAUUUAAAUGUUUGAGGUUACCUGUGCUUGUGUAUCCCUCUUGAAAUUGGUUGAAAAGCACUUUAAAAUGCAAGAACCCAGAUGGAUACUGGGUCACUCAGCCAGGCUGAAAAGUGCCUUCUUUUGAAUUCAUUCAAGGCAGGUAGUAGCUGCUGGAUCUGUGUGCAGCCCUGACAGUGAGAGGGCUGUGAUACUUGCAGUGUGAUUGCUGCAUAUAAGACGGGUCUGUUUCCAUCAUAGUGCAACAGUUCACAAUUCCCAGAACACACCAGGUUGUAUUGAAUGAUGUGGGGAUAGAAGUGUAUUCAUCCCAGGCUUUCCUGACUACUCCAAUCCAUUGCAGUUUUCUGAACCUCCUUAAAAGACUCCCUUGAGUGGUGAGCAUAUCCUGAAAUGUGGCACAUGGACUGCAGUGGAAUGGGAAAAGCUCCAAAUUAGUGGGCGGCAUAGGGAUCACAAUUAGGUGGUGGCAUCCCCUACCUGCUCCUGCCCUCCUUGGAGAUAAUUCAGGAAAGAUGUUUGUUUAAUCAAAGGCAAUAAAUAAAGGGCAUAUUUUGAUAUUCUCUUUGUCUGUGGUUUGUAUGAAAUUAUGACUUUGUAAGAAAUUACUCUUAAUUUAGCAAAACAGACUUGUCUUGUGUGUCUUGUGUGUACAUGAAAUACUAAUUUGUGUUUUAAUUUAAUAUAAAUAUUCACUUUAACAGUUUUAUGGGGUACAUUGUAUCCAUGGUUUACAUUUAUUCAUGUCUUCUAUUGCAGGUUGAUGAAAAGGCUCUCAAACAUAUAACAGAAAUGGGUUUCAGUAAGGAAGCAGCAAGGCAAGCGCUUAUGGAUAACAGCAACAACCUUGAAGCUUCAUUGAACUUCCUUCUGAACAGCAAUAAACAAAUGACUGUACAAGGGCCACCUCCUAGAGGUACAACUUUAAAGGCUGCUUCUUACAGAAAAGCAUUUGAAUAGGAACAAUUUACUUCUGAACUACAACCAAAGGUUUCUGGUGGUUUUCUGUGAAGCCACCAACUAUAAUUACUUCCCAGUUAACAUUGCUGUUGAUGUGUAGAGCAUGAGGCUAUUGUAACACAGUACAUAAUGGAUUUAUAAUACAACACCCCAAGGGAUUCUGUAGUUGUGGUGCUGUAAAGCUUCUUUCAACGAAUGUCUAACCUGCCUUAAUGUCACCAGGGUCUUGAGAGUUAGAAUGUUCUUUGGCUACCAUGGGUUGAGCUGAUGAGAUCCUUCAGAGGAACAUGGCAGACAGCAAGGCCAAAGGGGGCACAUGAGCCCAGGAAAUGACUUAGCACAAGGAACUAGGAAAAAGUUGUUUGGAAGAAGGGAGUGAUACAGAGGAAUGGUGAAAAGGAGCAGGAAAACUAGGAAAGGGUGUGCAGAGGUGCACGUAUCUAGGAACCUUAAGGGUAAAGUUUCUUCUCCUUUUUCUUCAUUAAAUUUAUAUACUCUGCUUCAUCCUAAGAUCUCAGGGAGGUUCACAAGGUAAAAAUACAGGAUAAAAGCACAAAAUAAAUAGAACAAAAACAGAGCAGCACCCCCACCCUGCCAAAAACACUUUUAAAGGGCCAUAGAAAAUUAAUCAGCCCAAGGCCUGAUUAGAGGAACACUUUCACCCAGCGCCUAAAGACAUAUGUUGAGGUCGCCAAACAGACCUCCCUGGGGAGAACAUUCCACAAAUGGAGCCACUGCGGAAAAGGCCUGUUCUUGUCUUGCCACCCUUUGGACCUCUCAUGGAGGAGGCACAUGAAGAAGGGCCUCAUGAUGAUCAAAGAGUCCAGAUUGGUUUUCAGUAGAAUUAUGCCAAAAAGCAGUUUAAACAGAACCUCUUGGAAUUUCUUCCACUUGGUUUAUUUUUCACAUAUGCUUAUUUACAGUAGCACUGACUGGGAAAGAGGGGUCACAAAGGGAGGAGUUAAUUCUUAUCCACAGUGGAGAUGAACACUCCAUCACUGUGAUCAGCACACUUUUUAACUUUGGCAGGAUCUUGUAAAUAGCAUAUCUAAUUUUACCAAUUCUUUCCUUACUUUCCUUACUAUCACUGCUAUGUGGUAAAAGUAGAAUGUGCUCAAUUACCAGCUUCUGUGUCUUAUUCUACCUCAAAACAUGGAUACUACAGAAGGUUUUUGGCUAUUACUUCCACUUUCUUUUAUAUUCUGGCUCCCCAUCCCACCCCAUUUAGCUCAUGGAUUCUUCCUGUAAUAUUUGCAGUUAAUUCCCACUGGACCUUCUAUAGUGGUCAGGUUCAGUGACUUUUAAAAGUUUUGUCAUGCAUUGAAGAGGCAAGGCAAGCUUGCUGUUUUGGUCAAAUAAGAAUAGUGUUGUUACAGACUGCUGUAUACCUAAUUUUUUUUAAAAGUCUCAGAUAAAUAAGUUUGAGUGGACAUAAGGUAAAGGGUUCAUUUUAAUGGCCAUGCAUGCCCUAGUCAGGUGAUCAUCUCACAUGAUGAGAGGGAGAAAAGGAGCUCGAUAACUAGCUUGGUUCCCAGCCUAGCUCCUCUCUCUGCUUUGGAGGGUGAAUGUUUCUAAUGGACCCAUGCUGAAUUGUGGGAGCUCCCUGUAGAAUUAGAACCCUAAUUGCUUACAGUAUUUGGAAUUUGCCAGAGCAUGAAAAACUUACCUUGCAUCCAGGUGCAAAGAUUUUCUCUGAAAUAUAUAUCCUACUUUAAUACACCUUAACAUGGUAGGUGUAAGAUAUUGUCAACAAAAAUAUGGAAAAUGUCUUCAGCCAUCUAUUUCAGCCUUCCCCAACCUUGUGUCCCAGAUGUUGAUGGAGAGCAUUUGCCAUGCUGGCUAGGGGUGAUGCAGUUGUUCUCCCAACAACGUCGGGGAACACAAGAUUGGUGGAAGCUAAUCCAGUUGAUAAGUUACUACAUUCCUUUAAGGUUUCUCUGUAUACCUAACUUUAAAAUACUUUGAAUUGCUUUAUUUUUCAAGCUAAGUUCAUUUGACUAUAACUAAAUAGGUUAUAUGAUUUAUCUCUAGGGAAGGGGAAAGGCAGAGGCCGGAUACGACCUGAAGAUGAGGAAGAACUAGGAAAUGCCAGGCCAUCGGCUCCAAGCACACUGUUUGACUUCCUGGAGUCUAAAAUGGGUACUCUUGCAGUAGAAGGUAUGUAGACAGGGUGGGAGUUUGCAGCUUCUUGCACGACACCAUGAGUAGAUCCAUCAUCCAUAUGAGUAGAUCCACCUCCUUGGCUAGUUCACAAGUCCCAACUGCUGUGCCUAGGGUGGGGCUUAGAAAACCUCCUGCAUAUAAGUCUUCAGUCCUUAUAGAAAGAUGCUGGAACUCUGUCUCCUUAACUUAUUUGCUCUCUUUGCUGUGAGCCUGUGUGUAUAUGAUCUUAGACUGUUAACUGGAAUUCCUGUUGACCAAACUUUGGACCGUGCCUUGGUCUCACUCUGAAUCACCCUGUAAGUGAAAUCUGACUCUUGGCAUCCUUCUCCCUGACAGCAGGAUACGGACCAUUGCCACACUGGCUGGGGUUCAUGGACGUUUUAGUUCGAAACGGGGCACCCCAUUGGCUAAUAAUCGAUGGGGUAGGAGAAAGUGCUGGAGCAAAUAGAAUCUAUAUACCAUGUUGACUCAGGUGAUUAGGGCCCCUGCAGAGUGACCCUCCUCCCACCCUGACCUCUGGGCAUUCCAUUGUACAGUGGAACCUCUAGUUAUGAACUUAAUUCAUUCCGGAGGUCGGUUCUUAACCUGAAACUGUUCUCAACUAGAGGCGUGCUUUCGCUAAUGGGGCCUCUUGCUGCUGCCGGCACACGAUUUCCGUUCUCAUCCUGGGGCAAAUUUCUCAACUUGAGGUAACUCUUCCAGGUUAGCGGAGUUUGUAACCUGAAGCGUUUGUAACCUGAGGCGUUUGUAAUUCAAGGUACCACUGUACUGUAUAGACCUAGUAUUGUGGAGCAGGCAUCACCUUGAACAUUUAUAGCUGUCCUCUUAAGUCUGAGUUUUCUUGGACAUGUCCUCUUUUGGGGGGCCAGCAUACCCAUCCAGGCGGAUUUUUGCAUUUUAUAUGAAAUGUCCAGGUUUGGGUCUGAAGUGAGGUCUGCAGCCUACGUUGGCACUGCCAGCGACACUGAGGACAGAUGUUGAGGAUAACGACGCCAGACCCACAUGCCUCCUCACUUGCACGUCACCCAGAGGCCACACGGUUCUUCAGAGUGGCAGAACAGUAGACCUAAUCCUGUGUUUCCCAAAAUGGGUGAUACCGCCCCCUCGGGAGGCUGCAAAGAUCCAGGUGCAAUUGGUGGGUGCUGAAUAAAGCUGAGGGGGCGGUGGAAGCGACACCACCUCCCCUGGCUCCAGCGGUCAUGCUGGAGGCCAGGGUUUUUCCCAGACUUGGGUGAGCCAUUUUCAGCUUCACCCAGGAUCGGGAAGUAGAUCGCAGCUUGCCUGCCUAUUUGGCCAAUGGCAGGUGGGCAAUGGCGCCAGCCCCACCACUGGGGCGGAUCGGACUGAGCCAGCCGGCUUCACUCUGGUACGGCCCAUGGGUUUUUAAUCCUGGGGCCUAGUUCACCUCAUAGAGCUGAACAUUAAUAAAUUGAAGGCAGUGCACUAGGUUCAUCCUUCUCAUUAGGACUAUUUUUAAUGUUAUUUGUAAUUUUUAUUUUAAUAUUAUCCUUUGUUAUCUUCAUUUUGUGUGUGUAAUGCAAAUGUUACUAUGGUUGAUUUUAAUAAAUAAUUUUAUAAUUUCGAGUUUCAAGGUGUCUUAUUUACAACAUUUUUCUGUGCUGUGGUGUAGGACGGAGGUAGAAAUAUAGAUACAUAAACAAUGCAAAUUUGUCACUGCAUAUUUCUCUUUGUUCACUUAAGGACGGUGGAUUUCCGGGGGGCGCUGAGUAUAUUUUUUUUUCUGAAAGGGGGGCAGUAGGCCAAAUAAGUUUGGGAACCUCUGGUGUAAUCCGUCAAGGCAGCAAAGAGGGAAACUUUAAAAGUGACUGGUUGAACAGAUAACAUUUUAAUCCCAGCAAAUGGGUUAUCCAUGGGUUGGCUUAUACUUGGAUCAUCUAGUGAAAAGACUGGAAUGUUUUUUUCUCCAAGACCAGUCCUGGUGGGACCUUUGGUAUGCUGCCUUGUCUUUCCCACUCAUGCCCAGAACAUUAACCAAUAUCUAAUUAGAAAACGCAUAUUGGUCAUCUUGGAGACUUCUUUCUGGCCAGGUUGUGUAUGGUUUGCCUGUGUUUGUUAUAGCUCAGACUUCACCACGGUUGCAUUGUACAGUCUACCCAAACUUGCUUAGCCAAUAGCUCUUCCUUUAUUUUAGACUGGACCUUUACUGUAGAGGCUCAAAGUUCAGGGCUAGGAGGCUCUGGGAUAUUCUUCUGGAGUACUUUACACUCUACUGGCAGCCCAAAGGGACUCAGCUCACAGGAUAUACCAGAACACUUGGACUCAUUUAAUUCUGUGGUGCCAGAAUGUCUGUUUCUCUAUGAUGGUUUUGGUUGAGGUCUAAAGCCUAAUACCCUCUCCAGCCAGCCUCCCACAGAAGUAGUAAUGGCCUCCAUGGUUUUGUUUUUUUUAAAAAGGGUAAGACAAAUUAAUGUAGUAUAUUUUUCCCUUAUUAAAAAUGGCUACAAACCACAUUGGCUAUGUUCUGUCUGCACUGUCGGAGGCAAUAUGCAUCUGAAUUCCGGUUGCUGGGAAUUACAAGUAGGGAGAGUUGCUGUAAUGCUCAUGUUGUUGUGUUCCUUUGCUUUGUGUUUUCGAUUUUUCUUUAAUGCUGUCAGAUAAUAUUGAGAUUUUCCAGUGUAAGAAUAUGCAGCUUGAAGUUGUUCUGAAAUGUCUGUAUAUUAUUAUUUCUUAAAUUUCUAUACCACCCUUCGUCCAAAAAUCACAGGGCGGUUUACAACAUAAAAACACAAAAAUACAUACCAUAGUAAGAAACAAGUAUUCUGCCCUCGGUUUAAAAGACUAAAGAAUGUUAACCAGCCAAAAGUCUAGUUAUAGAGAAACAGUUUUGCCUGGUGCCUAAAGAUAUGUAAUUAAGGUGAGCCUCCUUGCGGAGAGCAUUCCACAAGUGGGAGCCACUGCAGAAAAGGCCCGUUCUCGUGUUGACACUCUCUGGACCUCUUGAGGAGGAGUCACAGGACGAAGGGCUUCAGAUGAGGAUUGCAGGGUCCAGGUCAGUUCAUAUGGUUCAUAUGUUGGCUCCCCAACUAUUUUGUAUGAAGUGAAACAGUAAACGUGGCAUUAACCCGAAGCUACUGUGAGGGAUGUUACUGGUGUAACGGGUGUGAUAUUUUGCAUUACAAAUUAUACUCUAAUAUGUGAUAGUUGCAUAGUUCCAGAUAGUGGGAUAAACAGAGGAAGUUUGGUAUGUAGUGUGCAGUUGGAAGACCAAGGGGCUAAGAGCUAUUUCUUCCUUUAAGUUAAAAAACAACAGCACAAGUUUUAUUCCGAGCCUCUUAUGCACUAUAUUGUUGAUCUCUUCCAGUCAUUUUGAAUCCAUUGUUGCAAAAAUUAAGGAAAGGUGUUUGAAGUUACAGUUUCAAACACUUUAAGGGGGGAGGAGAACCUGUGCACCAUCUAGAAAUUAUUUUUUAAAAGAACUGCAUUAUUUGCAUGUGAAGAAGCUUUCAGUAUUCUUUAGCAUUUUAUUUAAUGAAAGGUUUCCUUUUAAAAGUAGUUUAACUUGGAGUAUUUUGAAGUAUUUAGACUACACGUAAAAGGAGAUUUUACUUGUUAUGGAACCACUUUCAAAUUUUACAAAGAGAUAGUUGUUUCAGCAGCUACUUGAGGCACCCUUCCUGGAAAUAAGCUUGUUGUUGUGUAAAACACAAUUUAUGAAGCUCCGAGCUAUGCUUGAGUUUUGUUACUCCCAGUUUCUGUGAUUUGUUGUUGAAUGUCCUUUGGCAAUACCUGACAUCCUUAUCGAUGUUUUGUAUAGCUAGAUGGAAAUCUUGCUAAUGGGAAAACUCAGCUUUUUCCUCCUUCAGAUACACACUCCCCCCGCCCGCCCCCGUCCAAAAAUGGGAAGCUUAGUUCCAAAUGGUUUCAACACAUGUGAACCACCCUGAGAUCUAUAAAUGAAGGACAGUAUACAAAUUUAAUAAGCAGCAACAACACUGACCUGGUGCAAAAACAGAAUUGUCUUCUGCAGGAAAUUUUGCAGACAACUUUAAUCCAGGGAUGGUGGGACCUUGUGGCCCUCCAGAUGAUGUGGGACUCCAACUCCCCUCUGUCCCAGCCAGCAUGACUAGUGACCCAGGAUGAUGGUUAUGAGUUCCCCAUCCAAACUGGGAGGGGUGGCUAACACCCCAGAGGACAGGAUCACACUUCAAAACGACCUUGACAGAUUAGAGAACUGGGCCAAAACAAACAAGAUGAAUUUUAACAGGGAGAAAUGUAAAGUAUUGCACUUGGGCAAAAAAAUGAGAGGCACAAAUACAAGAUGGGGGACACCUGGCUUGAGAGCAGUACAUGUGAAAAGGAUCUAGGAGUCUUGGUUGACCACAAACUUGACAUGAGCCAACAGUGUGACGCGGCAGCUAAAAAGCCAAUGCAAUUCUGGGCUGCAUCAAUAGGAGUAUAGCAUCUAGAUCAAGGGAAGUAAUAGUGCCACUGUAUUCUGCUCUGGUCAGACCUCACCUGGAGUCCUGUGUCCAGUUCUGGGCACCACAGUUCAAGAAGGACACUGACAAACUGAAACGUGUCCAGAGGAGGGCAACCAAAAUGGUCAAAGGCCUGGAAACGAUGCCUUAUGAGGAACGGCUAAGGGAGCUGGGCAUGUUUAGCCUGGAGAAGAGGAGGUUAAGGGGUGAUAUGAUAGCCAUGUUCAAAUAUAUAAAAGGAUGUCACAUAGAGGAGGGAGAAAGGUUGUUUUCUGCUGCUCCAGAGAAGCGGACACGGAGCAAUGGAUCCAAACUACAAGAAAGAAGAUUCCACCUAAGCAUUAGGAAGAACUUCCUGACAGUAAGAGCUGUUCGACAGUGGAAUUUGCUGCCAAGGAGUGUGGUGGAGUCUCCUUCUUUGGAGGUCUUUAAGCAGAGGCUUGACAACCAUAUGUCAGGAGUGCUCUGAUGGUGUUUCCUGCUUGGCGGGGGGUUGGACUCAAUGGCCCUUGUGGUCUCUUCCAACUCUAUGAUUCUAUGAUCUCUGCUUAAAGCUAAGAACUUGGGGAUUGCUGCACAAUUAUGGGGCUUGCCUCAGGUCCAACACUCCUAGAAGCUUAUCAGCAGUUCAUUUUCGUAGCAUAAAGGAAACUGACAGGAACUCCAACUCCACCCCACCAUUUCCUCUUGUAUUAUUCCUUCUCCAGUGAGCCAUUAGCCCAAACUAUCAAAUGGCGUAUAUGCUUUUGCUGGACAGUAGUAACAAACCUAAUUUGACACUUAAGAGCAGGACAUGCUGUUUUGUCACACAGCUAGACAUCUCUUCAGCUAUUAUGGUAAAAUGAAAUUGGGGAAAAUAGCUUGGAAAAUGGCUCAGUCUUUGCCUUAAUUGCAAGACAGGAAAGCUUUUGUCUUAUACUAGGUAGUUUUAAGAUGACAAGCAUUUCCCUUUUAAGUUGUCAGUCAAUCAUUUUAUUCACUUAGGUUCCCAUAAAUCUGUGACCUUGAAAUAAUCAUGCCAGACUAACCUCUUUCCCUUUGCAGAAAGCUACAGAAAUUCAUUGGGUUGGAAACAUCUGCUGUGAUGGUUAAUAAAAUCAAUGCUUUUUUAAUGGAUUGUGGCUUUCAAAGUCCAAAAUUACUGUCAGAUACAAAUAGUCUGAAGUGACAGGGUAGCAAAAUUACACCAGUCCACUGACUUACCUGUCUCAAGGUGGACUCUGACUGCAACAGUUCUAAUGAAUGUUUUUCGUCUGUGCUCAGCCUGAAUUAGUAAAAUUUGCUAGGGAGAUCAACCAAAUUAGAUACCUUGCACACUUAAGAAUUCCAGCACAAAUUUCAGACAGAAUUAAUUAAACAAUAUAAACAAUUGAUUUGAGAAGGGGGGGAAAUAUAAUAUUAUUCAAAGCAAAGCAUGCACCUUCAGAUUUAUAUUUGGAUUUAACAUAGUGUUUGUGUGUCUAAACCACAGAGCCUAGGGCUUGCCGAUCGGAAGGUCAGCAGUUUGAAUCCCCGCGACGGGGUGAGCUCCCGUUGCUCGGUCCCUGCUCCUGACAACCUAGCAGUUCAAAAGCACGUCAAAGUGCAAGUAGAUAAAUAGGUACCACUCCGGCGGAAAGUAAACGGUGUUUUCCAUGUGUUGCUCUGGUUCGCCAGAAGCAGCUUAGUCGUGACCUGGAAGCCAGUACAGCGAGAUGAGCGCUGCAACCCCAGAGUUGUCUGCGACUGGACCUAACGGUCAGGGGUCCCUUUACCUUUUUAUCUUACCAGGUGCACCAAUAAAUGAAUUCUUUUCAUUUAAAGCAAGUGUUGGACACAACAAAGAAGCAAACGUUUAUGACUUCUGCUUUUAUACUCUCUGCUCAACAAUAAAGAUUGGGUUUGCUUCGCUUACUAUUUAAGCUAGACCUGCACAAGCUGAAGCCUGUGAAUUGUUUAUAGUCUCUUUCCUGGCCAUUUCACCCCUCAGCCCCCUGGAUUUAAACUACCUUUAGGCUUGUGGCCCUUUCCUUUCUCCUUGAUGGAGUUAAGAAGUUACAGCCAUUCCGUGGUUUAGAGGUUGUGGUCAUUCCAUGAAAUACUUUCCUUUGAGGCAUUGUUUUCAUUCUCCCUUACGUGAUUUGCCAGACAUUUGAGUUGAGCGGACUAUGGUUACCUGCAAAAUGAGAAACAUCCCAAACCACGAACCCUUCAAAGCAUGGUUUGGUAGCAGUUGCUGAUUAGCGGUAGCCAUAGUUUGCUCUAGUAACAGCUUCGAAAUCAAGAGCUUCGUGUGCUUAUCUUUAGGUGGCUCAUGCCCCCAGUGUUUAACUCCUGUAGCUUGUGAAAAACGUCAUUCAGGUUAAUACCAUAUGAACACUUUCCCACGUGUCUUGCUAACAUAGAUUAUUGACAUGCUUCUUGAUUGCACCUUAUAGAAUAGUUCUAUGAGAAUGUUCUAUGAAGUUUUAUUAUGUUGUGAUUUUAUUUUAUUUUUUAACCCCCUUUUUAAUUUCAUGUGAAUUCUUGACUUUUAUGUGUAAUUUUGGCAUCCUAGAAUCUUUGCUGAGAGGCAGGAUAUAACUAAAAUAAAUAUAGGUUGAGAGUGACAAUGUGACCUUAGACUCCAUGUAUUAUUUAUACACCAGAUGAUCAACUACAUAUCGGUUGUCAAAUAUCUAAACUGUCUUUAGGAAUUAAAAUGAUUUGAUACUGAUUAGCUGUGUCACUAAUAACUGUUGUUUUUCUUUUGUAGAACCAAAGUUACAGAUGUCACUGCAGCAUCAGGGGCAGCACAGAGUAAUGAAUACUGAGCAAAAUGGCAUAAAAGUAUAUAGUCAGCAAAGGCAUGUUCCUCGAAAUGACACCAGGCAGCCAAGGAACGAGAAGCCACCUCGUUUUCAGCGAGACAGUCAAAAUUUGAGGCACGCCAUGGAGGGGAGUGUAUUAAUGAGAACCAGAGCUUCCGAAAGACAAAAUUCUUUGGGCCCUGAACAAUGGAUUGAAGAGAGAAAUAGGUGUGAUAGACUUUAUGCUCGAAAAGAUACUUCCUAUCCCACAGCUGUUCACCCUGGUGACUUUCAUUUUAAGCGGGACAUCCCAGUGCAAAGCAGACAAGGAAAAGUUGCAUCACCCAUGGAAAUGAAAGAGAAUUCUGCUGCUCAAGAUGCAUCUGACAACAAUAAUCAGAAACAGGGAAGUAGGGAAAACCAGAUGCACCAUCCUGACAAUUUCUAUGAUAGGAAAACACUAAUGCUAACAAAUGAAACUUUAACUGGCUUAAAAAAUGAGCAGCACUUUGGCAUGAACAUAGAUUAUCAAAACCCUGUUAGAACUGAUCGUUUUAGUUCUGUACCAAAUGGCGACGUGGAGCAUUUUCAGAAAGGAAGGAGAGUUGGACCUAUUAAACUGCCCGCACCCAACAUGGCCACAGCAUUUGAUGUAAAAAUGUACUAUGAUACUGGGCCCAAAAAGAGAUCUGGACCCAUCAAACCAGAAAAAAUGGUGGAACCAUCUACUUCAAGAGAAUAUGGGAAAAGCUGGCAACCAGGGGAUGAAUGUUUUGCCCUUUACUGGGAAGAUAACAAGGUAUGCCCUACUCAAGUCAAAUUCUGUUGCUUCUGUUUUAAGUGCAAGAGGCGUAUUUGUACUAUCAAACUCUGGCUAUUGUUUUGGGGAAAGGGAUGUUGAUAAAAUAUCCCUGUUUAUUAUGUAUUUUGUGUUUUUUAUAUUGUGCUUUUGUGUUGUGAACCCUGAGAUGUAUGGGUAUAGGGCUGUAUACAAAUUUAAUAAACGAUAAUAAAUAAGAAAAGUAAAUAGUUUGCUGCCUGGGUUUGUAAAGUUUUUCUAUCCUGGCUUCCUGUCCUUCGUGGCACUCUGUUGGGUUGUGUGGAACUAAGAAUUUUUUUGUCAUAUCUGUAGUAAUGGGUGUUCAGAGGAUAUUUCCUUAAAAGCAGUAGGCUUGAAGUAAUCCUGGGUAAUAGGUGUGACACAGAAGGUGGGACUCUUUAAGAGUGAGUUUUCUCUGAAUAAGUGAUCCUAAAGAGACAGAUGCGCAGCCUUGUUUUUCCCUCUGUACAAAGUGUAUAAAAUGUAAGGCACUUGAGCAAUUUAAGGAUAUUUUAAUUUUUAAACAAUAGAUUAUAUCUGCAUAUUUAGUAAAACCUUUAAAAUUGAACUGCAGAUGCCUUUUUAAGAAUCAAGGAUAUGGAAGAAUAUUUACAACUGAUAUAAUCAACCAUUCAUUUUUAGGGUGAUUUGUCAUCUUUUAAUUUUUAAUUAUUAUUCUCUAGUAUGUAAUGCAGUUUGCCAACUCACACCUCACUGAUUAAAUUGUCCCGUCAUUUAAUCAGCUAAAGUAUUUGUUGAGUAAAUUGCAGAUUUAAAUCUUUCACUAGGAAUGUUUUAAAAGAAAAUGGAUAAAGUUACUAUCAGCUGUUUCUUAUACAUUUUUCCUAAUCCUAUUACAGAUUGGUUUUUAUUACAUGGUUUGUGAAUAUAUUGUUGCUUUUGCAACUAAAAUAUGUGAACUUCUGUUUUAAAUGUCUUUCCAGUUUUAUCGAGCAGAAAUUGAAGCUCUUCAUUCCUCUGGGACAACUGCAGUUGUUAAGUUCUGUGAUUAUGGAAACUAUGAAGAGGUGUUACUAAGCAACAUCAGACCCAUUCAAGCUGACACCUGGGUACGUGAUAAUAAAUUGUAUACAAAGAGAUAAAGUGCAUAGUUCAUACGAACAAUGAAGCCAUAAACAGAUGACUGGUAAUCGUGCAGAGAGUUUGAAGUAAAAGCCUGAAGAAGAGAAUUCCAGAACUGGGUUAAGACCUUCUUUAUUACAUAUCCAUCCAUAACAAUGCCUUAAAGAAUCUGCAUGUGGUCUUACACUCAUGUAAUAAAAUGUAAAUUGUUCGGGCAGUAUUCUCAAGUCACUAGCAAAAUAAUAUUUAUAUGAAAAAUUAACAGGAUGCUUUUUAAAUUUGCUCUGUCAAAUUAAGGGUUCUGACGGACAGCUUCCAUAUGGUUCUAUUUUAGUUUAGGAGAUGAUGAAUUCAUAAGUCUUAAAUUCCAAAGGGUUUUUUAAUCUAUCUGUAUGUCAGGUAAAAUUAGAGCUGCUUCCACCAUUGUUUUAAUUGUGCCUAUUAUUUUGACAAAUGCUACUUAAGUAUAUUAGAUAGCUACAAUAACCAUAAAGACCUAAAGUGCUUCAUAAAAUAUGCUAUUCUAAAAGGUCUUAUACAACAUGUUCAUGGAAAGCUCUAUUUAGGUAAAACUAGAGUUUAAAAAACCCUUUUGUUUAGUGCACGUUUAUUCAAGAACAAUUGGGUUGUAUCCAGUGAAGCCCAAACUGCCUCCCACUCAAUUAAUUCUCAAUUUCCCAUUCACACUGCUCCCCACUCCCGAUCCUAUAGAAGCAUCCUUGCAUGAGUACAGCAUUGGUUACCACCCACUGCUUUGAACUCCAUUUUACUAAGACUGUCUGUAUAAUUGGCUAUGAUGACACUUUAUAACUAUCUUGUUAAUGGUACACAGAAGAGUGAACGCUUGAAUUGGCUUUUACAUUUUCAGUCCUUUCUGUGCUCUCUUUCUGAGUUUUUUUUGACAACCCAGUAGAAAAAUUAAAAAUCCAUUAUGGUUUUUUAUAAAUUUUAUGACUUUAACAUAGCAGUUCAAGUAGUAAUUACCAGAACUCGUGCUACAUUUUUUCAUGCUGCUGAUAAUUCCUCACAUUUUAUUCUCUUUCAUAUAGCUGCAAACAUAUUAUGUAAAGUGGAGGACCUUGUUUUUCUUUCCAUACAAGCUUCUGCAUUCUCUUAGUACUAGUUUCUUCUAGCAAAGAGGUUUGUUCUGUAAUUCAGGAUGGAGACAGUCAAGUGAUGUCUAGAGUCUCCUGCUCUUUUCCGUCCCAUCAGAUUAGCUCUCAGAUUCUCUGGCAUCCAGCCCAAUCUGAAAUGUAUCAUGUACUGUCACAGUCCCUGUUGUGGGUCCCCAUGCAGUUCUUCUUGCACGACUCCCAGAUUUCCAGACGACAUUGAAGUAGGUUUAGAAGCCAUCAGUGCUGUCACACAUUUCUGCAGAAUCUCGAGGUAGGACCCAGGAGCAUUAUGCAUCUCAUGGUUUCUAGCAUCUUGGUCCUGUGCAACAUUCAGAGCCUCAGUUGGAGGCAGCAAAGAACGCUGCAGGCCAUAUUGUGGCAGCCACUGCAAAACCCAACUUUUGUCAUACCUGUUUCCUGGCCUAGAGACCCAGUACACUCAUCAUUCAGAAUCUGUUUAGUUUUCAGAUGUCCUGUGGAUAUCCAGCAAAGAAUUUGGGUCAUUUCAGGAUGAAAUAAGAGAACCCACCCAAAGCUCUCAUUUGUAUGGAUGCAUUGCUAAAGAUGAGUUAUGCUAGUUCAGUGUUCGUCUGAUUAUGGGCUUGGUCAGCCUGUUGCCUGAUCUGAGGGACAUCACUGUGCUUUUGUUGCUUGUGGUGGCUGAAGACAUACCAGUUCCAGCCAGUGUGCUUCAUUAUGAUACUAUGGUCAUGCACAGUCUAUAGCAUCAGGAGGAAAACUGGUAGGCAGGCCUGAAACAGCAGCAGCUGCUGCAAAUAGCAGGUGAAAAUACAAGGACAGAGAAAAGAGAGAGGAAGAGGCUCAGUGAGUUGGAGGCAGUCUGUUGAGGGACACGUGUGUGUGCCACACCCACCCACACCCCGUGGUGGCCUUUUCUAAUUGUCUUGCCUCAGAUUUUACAUAAGGAAGAUACUCAUAAUACACACACUUAAAUUGACAUCAAAGCAACAUAAAUAAUGCACCCUUGGGUUUUGGUCGAUUUGGAGAGUGCAUGUGAAUGAUUCUCUGGUUGCAGAAGGCAUCCAGCCUAAUCUCCAAACAGUGGCCAGCAGGAGAGCUGUCCCUUGUUUUGUCUGGAUCCUGCAGCUGGAGGUGUACUUAGAAAUGGCAUUUUUUAAUUUUUGCUUCCUUACCAUGGAAUUGAGUAAUUUCCAUUUUGUUGAAAAUAAACAAAAAUGGAUAGUCUUUUAAAGGUUCGAUCCUGAUAUGCUUCCAACUCUUAAGCUCUUCACAAUAUUGUUUGAGUCCUGGCAGAAGAAAAAUAGCAUACAUUGACUAAUACUAAAGUAUCUGAUAAGGAAUGCAGGGAAGGAAUGUUACUGUAAUAAAUGCAUUUCAGUUAUAUUAAAAGUAAAAGAAAGGGCUAUAUGAAUUCUGUAUAUUUCCUAAAGCAAUAAAUGUGAGAUUUUGAAUGAGUUCUUUUCAAGCAGACAUACAGGUCUUUCAAUAGAAAAUGUAGAUGAAGAAGCUUGCACUUUCCAUCGCUCAAGUAUUGUUUGAACGUUGAACUUGGCUAUAGAUAUGUACCCUUAUAUAUGCAAUCCACUGUUGUGCUAAAUGUAGCAGUGAUCACAAAAUAAAGGUAUAUGUUUGCAAAAAAGAGCCCAAAAUUAAAUGCCAUCACAACAAUAAACUUUUUCUUUUGCAACAUUUAAAAUAAAUUUGAAAAGCAUGCAUUGUUCAGAGACUUCAGGCUAAAUUAAGUCUGUUCUGUAGAAAUGUAAAAUAAACACAAGAUAACUUAAACCUAAAGUGUUAUGUUUUUCUCAGAUUUCAGGAAUACAUUGGUUACAAAUGAUUAUGCACUUGUCAGCAUUUAAUUUCAUUAUCAGUACUAGUUUUUCUUCUUACUCUCAUACGUCCGUGUGCUUCUCAGUAAUCUCUAGCAUUUGGCUUUAUUUCUGGAAAUAGAACUUAAGUAUCUGGUUAUAAUAUAGCUGUUUAUGGUUGCUGUCUAAGAGUACUCUUAACCCUACAGUAGCCCAACAGAAAUAAUGAGGUACUUUCAAGUGACAGUGCUUCAAUAAUGGAGCACAUCUUUUCAAACAAGUACCUCUUGCAUCAGUCAGCAAUUUUGAAACUUUUCAUCUUCAGAGAACACUUCACUUCAACAUGCCUGCCAAGGCGCUCUUGUGCAUUGCAGAGGAGUCUCAAGCAUAUUUUAGGUUGCACACAAACUUCACAGGAGGCACUGGUUAGGCCUGAUGAGCUGCGUGUGCCUUAGAACAAAUACACCAAACAUUUGGAAGUUAGUUAUGUUCUGUCAGCCUUUUAGUCAUUACAGAAAUCUGAACAUUAAGUAAUACUACUGCAUAUCUGAAGUCUCUUUCCAAAUUCUCACACUUUAGUUUUAGCUUAUUGGUAGUAUGUUGGCAACCACCAGUAAAAUAAGACAGUGAAUUGGCAUGAAUGCUCUAGGUAAGGGAACAUAUCCUUGUCCACAUGAGCAAAGCUGUACUCUGUGUAUAUGAGGAUAAGUGCUUCUGUGUCCAUCCCACAGAGUGACCAAUCUGAGAGUGACUUCUCUUAUCAGGGUAUCUGGACCAUUGUGUUACACUAGAGAGGGGUAAGGAGAAUUUUGCUACCCACAAGGUGAAGAUUAUGUGUGGUAAGAUGAUCAUCUGUAAGGCUCCUAUUUGUAAUAGGAAGAAAGUAAAACAUUAGAAAACAGUUCAUAUGCAGUUGCUGUGUGCUGGUUACCAGGAACACAGUGCCCAACCUUUGUGUUGUGUUUUGAAUCAUACACACACACGCACACGCGAAAAUCACUCUCCAUGAACUCAAAUUGGGUUAGCAACCUUAUUAUUGAAUAAGUAGUGAGCUGUUAUAGGGGCCUGUACUGCUGUUUACAUGCUGCUCUUGAAGGUUCUUAACAAGUGCUACACGUCAGUUUAGAGGUGGGUGGGGAAAAGGCUUUUAGCAUAAACUAAUAAAACUCUUUGAUUUAAAUGAACUUCCUGUAUUAGCAGUGAAAUGUGAAUCUUGCCUUCAUUUACAAGUAGUUUCCAUAGUAGCACUGAAAAGUGACUUUGAAACAGUUCUAAAAACCUGUUUUCUGUUGAUUUGACUGCAAUGAAACUAGUGCCAUGGGUGCAAACCAUACAAAGUGACAGACGGGUAUAUAUGAUUUUUGAAGAAUAAAAACCUACUUCUACUUACUAGGCACGGUUGACAUAAAAAUGUGUGUUCGUUUGGGAUGCUGAUCUGCUGGCUGGUCAACACACCACCUAUAUUUGAUUAAAGUCAAAUAUUCCAUGAAGUCAAAAAUAUUGGGUAAACAGUAGCCAGUCUCUUUUCUUGAUCAUGAUGUCAUCCAGUAGCCUUGGUGGGAGAGGGAGGCCCACUUCCCCCCAAUGCUGCUGGAGACAGGAUUCAUUUUUCUCACACAUGCAUGCAUGCACACACUGUAUAUAUUAGGAGCAGACUUCUUUACCUCACAACUCCAGAAAACUGCAUAUUUCUUUCCAGUUAAGCCAUUUGGUCUGGCUUCUUCUGUCCAUGUGCUGUAACUCACACAAUUUGUGGAAAGGCUUCAGAUAAUUAAAAUAGGAUUGUCUGUCUUUUCAGAAGUCUUAAUAGCGAUAAUCACAAAUGAUAAGCAGCAGUUAUUGGUGAAAUCAUCUGGUUUGAUGAAGUCAGAUGCACUACUGUGCCAUUCAGGGAUGACUUUAUGGAUUAUGUGACAUCAGUGCAUUAGUUUUAUAUGGGCCAGUACUUGUCUUAUGUCUUGUAAAGUGCUGCUUGUACCUCUUAGCAUUUAUAACUUUGAAGUGAAUAGCUGAAUGGAAGCAGUAAUCACUCACACAGCAUUCUGAAAGAGGUUAGUAUGGCUGCAAUCCAUCUGUUGGUCUGCCACAGAGGUGGGGAACUAGAUCUGGCCAGUGGGCUGAAUCCAUAUAGACCCCAUGGACCAAGUUUAUCACAAUGACAUACAGUGACUUAUUUUUGCUUGUGCAGAUAAUCAUCGGAUUCUCAUGGAUGGCAGAGCUCUACACCCAGUGCUUUGUAACCCCUGAUGAUCAGCUGAUUGGCAGUGCAGCCAGGUCUUUAUCUGCCCACACCUGAUGUCAUAUGUGAUGCCAGGUGCAGAGUUUAUGGGCAUGGUUUGGUCAUGGCUUGGACCCAUUUAAGCCUCAGGCUGGAGAUGCUCCACCCCAUGGGCUCCACCCCACUCCAUAGACUUAUUAUGCACUUCUUUCAUAGUGGAAUGAGUUUUUGGGACUCAGAUACACCAUUUUUUAUGUGUAUGCCUGAAAACUAUAUUGUGGAGCCAAAACAACAACAUCAACAACAUUUGUGAGUGAAGAUAUAUAGCUACACUUUGCAGAAAUAUGUGAUUGGCUAUGGCUUUUUGUUUAAUUUCCACUUGAUGGAAAUUCCUAUGUGUGCUCUUAGGUGAUGUGUUAAAUGGCCUUCUGAAUGUAACUGGAGCAGAGAUGCAUUGAAACCACAUCAGUGGUGGUAAAACAACAAAGUACUGUGUUAUAUUCAGCUAAGACAUCCCAUUAAUGCAAGGAUGUUAGCCUGCACAAUGGGAAUUCGCUUCUUGUGUCUCUCCCAUCUGCUGUAGAAUGUUGGCAGAACCCUCAGAACAAACUGUGGAGGGAAGGGAAGACAUUUUGGGACAGGAGAGGAAGUCCCAUUCUGCAGGCAGAAGUUAUUGUAUUAGUGGGACAACAUUAUAAGAUACAACCAUGUUUUUUUAUUGCUGCAUCUGAAAUAGAGGCUUAGGGGAAGGCUGGAAGAGGACAUGACAGGACGAUUAUCAAAAAUUAAGUGCAAACUAUGGAACCAACAAUCUGGAUUUUUGCACUGAAUAGUCUUUGAAUUCUGCCAAACCGGUAUUUUGUAAGCAGGCAGACUUUGGUAAAUUAUAGGAAUAAGCAGGAUUUCGGAUACUUAGAAAAGUAAAAUUUCCAUCAACUUCAGUGUCACAGAGGAACGAAAUGUUUCCUCUCCCAUUUGGGUGGGCAGGUGGAGAGAAUGAAAGAUAAAUUUUUGGAAGAAAGUAGAAUAUUUACUAUGCUUUUUAUCAUUUCCUGGUGAGUUUCUACUUCUACGAUUUAAGAGAGCUUCCAGGACCUACAGUUGGCAGUGAGGAACCUCAGCUGAAUGCCCAAAUUAGACCCACCAGGCCAUGUUCACAUAGCCACAGUCGCCUGCUACUCAUCUGCUUACAAUACAUCAGGAAUGGAACAGCUAAAGUCAUGGUGGCGAAGGAACAAUCCAAAGCCUUAGGGUGGUUCUCAGUUGUUUUGUUGCAGCCCUGGCUGCAGUUUACAUUUGGCAUUGAAUGCCACCCUGCUUCUUUAGAGUGCAACCACAGCUGCCUUAUAAAAGUUGAUUGAUAGUUAGACAGCCCCACCCACCUGUCAAAUGUGGAGGGCUGCAUUUUGAUCUGGCCCAUCCAAUGGAAGUGGUUCCCCUAGCCUAUGGAAUUGCAAGGGCCUUUGUUGUUGGCAUCUGUCUGUCUCAAGAGGCAAUGAAGUGCGUCUGGGUUAGCAGCACUGAGGUGACAUCCCUGGGGCACAAGCCUGGGCAGUGUGUAAGGAGGUCCUGGGCUGCCCAGACAGGACCCCGCCCCCUUCAGCCUCACUGAUGUGGCCUAAAGGAAAGUAGAGCAAUGUGUUUGGCACCAGCUUGGCAGACAGAAAGUCUAGAAAUUAAGCUGUAGUUGACGACAGCUGAGCCACAUCUCUUUUAAAAAUCACAAUAGAACUGGGUCUGAAGGUGAGCUUAAGGUGUUCUGCAAACAGCUCCACAGACCUCAUCCCAUGCUGUCCAGAGACUAGCACAGGGAUGUUACCAUUGGGGGAUGGGACAGCACUGUAAGGUUUUGCUGGUGCUCAUUUGCCAUCUCUAAGCUCAGAGUGAUAAAGAGAGAAACAGUUUUCUUUAGCUUUGCACAUGAAGUGAUACUGUUAGGAAAAUACCUGAAUAUUAAAAAUUAGUAAUUAAAAGGAUUUCCAGUAUUGGAGAAGGAGCAAGAAGCAGCUGCACUGAAGGUAGUCAGGCAUAUUUCAGUUUUGCCAGUUGAGAAUAUAGUAAAAAUAGAGUUGAAAUAAAAGGCCUUAAUACCAUCUUGGCUUAGGAACAGGCUUCCCUUCAUGCCAUCAACAUUACCCAGAAACAGAAGAAAUGAAACCUGUUAACUGGAGGCAACCAUGAUCUAGCAGCAUACACCAUAAGCACUUUUUUCUACAGAGGGUUGAAAUUACUUUGGAAAAGUCUGUUCCCUGGCCUCCACUGAUCACAUUAUUAAGGACCAUUAGUACAUCUAGAUGCUUGAUGAUACUGAAGUACUCAGCAGUAUAUCAUCAUUAUACAAUUCCACAGGAACUAGACAAAGUUAGCCACAAGAAACUCAGGUCAUUUUAAAAACUAAAAGUACAGCCCUCAGGUUUCUCUCUCAGAGUAUUGCUGAAAGAUCAAUAGCUUCUGAUUCCGGACUUCCAUUUUUAUCUUCAUGAACCUAACAAAAGUGAAUAUUUACUGAGGCUGAAAAAAGCUUUUUGUUAUGCAUGUUAGCUUGUUUUUUUUCUUUAAAAAAUGGCACGCAUAUUUUGAAACAGCUGUUUGUUUCGUGUGUCAAUAGGAAUAUGAAGGUUGACAAGAUUUUUAUUUUACACCUCUAGAGUAAAUGGGAUAGAUUGCCUUAUAAAUUGUCUUAAAUGGUGACUAGAAAACAUUUUGAGGGCAUAAUCAGCAAUUAAUAGCAGUAUUUUUAAAAACUUUGCUUGCUUUAAAAAUUAGAAAAUAUUUCAUCACAUAUUUUUUCAGUGUUUACCCAGAUUUACCAACCACACACUCUUAAUGCACAAGACACACACGCAGGUACAUGUGCAUGAACACAUAUUCUAUUUAUUUUUCUGGGCCUUCUCUACUAGGCAGCAGUUAGGGCAUGAGAGAUGUAGCAGUGCAGCAUAUAAAUAAAGGAAUUUGAACAAAACAUCUCAUUAUUUUCAGUAUUUGUGCUUCACUUCAUCCCACAACACUCCCCAGUACGAAGGCAUAUUAUCCAAUGUUAUAUAGGCUAGCUGUUUGGACCUAACACAUUGAUUCAACAUUGAUUCAAAAAGGGUUCGUUUUUUCAGGUGGAAGGUAUUCCAUUCUGAAAGCUAUUUAAUUUUGGAGUCUGUUAUGAGCAUAGACUCCCAAUCUUGUCAAAUAACACUUGGUAUAGGCAUAUGCUGUGAACAGCCUGAAGUCAGAAUUAGUCUAGUAAGCAAAACAAGAUGGUUUAUUUGAUUGAAUUCCUUCAAGUAUAAAUUACAAGUCCUUUCUAGCUUUAAUUCAGUUCUGUUUGCUUUUCAGAGAGAUCUAAAAAAUUCAGUAACUUUAUGCUUUUGAAAGCAUACUUGUUUUAAUCUUUAAGACAUUGGGAGAAGAGUUUAUUGAGUUUUGAGAUGGAGCCUUUUCUAACUUGUUGACUAUAUCAUAACUGAACCACAUUUGGAUGUCAGGCUGAACUGUGUUUUAGCAUGUGGAAAAUAGUCCUAGACUCAUCCAGUGUUUGCACACUUCUCCUAUCAUCCCAUAAGUUCAAAAGGAGGAAUUCCGAAGCUUCUCCUUUUUCUUUAGGAUAGCACAGUUUCUUGUGUCACUUGGAGCUAAAAAAUAAGCCAGUUUCAAUUACAGUUCCUUGUAUGGAAGACAUGGGAGGCUGCACUUAACAAAAACCAAAAGCAGGAGCUUUCAAACAAAUCUCAGCCUUGUAGGAAGGAGAAGGGAAGGCAAGAGGAGCAUGUCAACUUAGGAGGAGGCUAAGCCCUUUCACAGUGCAUUAAACUCUGGUUUAGCAUGACAUUCAAAUACAGCCAGUAUCUUGGCAACUUGAUAUUAUUCAGGUCAAAAGACCUGUUGUGGAGAAAAAUAUUGUUCCCUGCUUGGGACAUAGGAAUAGCCAGUGAAAACCAUGUUGCCAGUGCAAGUGUGUGAGAGGAUUAUGAGGCAGCAUUCAUAUUUUUGCUGAAAUGUGAUAAUUUAUUGAUAUUAUGGGUAUGUGGACAGCAGUACAUUACUUUUGCAAAAACAAAACUCAAACCCCUAAAUGUUUUGUCAAAGUGAACAAAUUGUUUUGGAAAAGGACAGCACUUAUGAACUGUGCCAGAUGAACAAUAGUUGGAUUUCUAACCAAUCACUUGCAAACAAUUGUUAUCCUUUCUUCACAAUGAGAGCCUUGAUAUUUCAUAGUCUCAUUCUGACUGCUAGAAUGAUUUAAAUAUGAAAGCAUCAUGUGUCAGAGCCAUUAGAAUAAUUGAAAUGUUAAUGGACAUGACCUCCAACCCCUGCCAGAAGAAAGCAUUAGGCUCCAAACCUAUCUUUGAAAAACAGGUUUUCAAAUAAGUCUACAUUAGUUUGCUCUAGUGAGCAUAUGGAUAGUGAGCAAAGACCGGAACCACACCAGAAAGAAAAACAACUGACAAGUGGUGAAAAAUUGGAAAUAUUCAAUGCAAACAUGAUGCAAAAUAAACACUAAAUUAAAUAGAUAUGAAUGCAAUAUAAUGGAUGAAACAAUUUCAGUGGGACUACUACAAACACUAAAUAGGGGGAAAUAUAGCUGGUUGCAUUAACUGCUUAAGAUUAAGAUGACAUGUAGGAGAUAGAUGUAAAGACUUUGUGGAACAAUGAGUAAAUAAAUUAUUGAAAAUUGAGAAAAUGUUAAUCAAAACAACCUUAUUUACCAGACUUUCUUGGGUGAGGUCUACUGUUUUCCAUUAGAAGAUUUCUGAGCAAAUGUAGUCCACAAGGAUCAGGAAGAAUAAAAAAGGAAACAAAAACAGGAAAUAACUGAAGAAAACUAUCCUCUUUGAGACCUGACCUGGAAGGAGUACAAGUCUCCUCUUAGCGAACAAACCAGUGUGCCCAAUAAAAGCAUAGAUUGAUUCUUCAUUUCUCCAAAACACCAAACCACUGUUCCUGCUUUCAUAGAAGGUGGGUUGGAGAGGAAAAUGUCGCUGGAGGAAAAUCCCAUGUGAACUAGAAGUUGUAAGAUAAAGGUCAAGAGAGAGAAGAAGGCCCUUUCCCUAAAAUAAAAAAAUUCAUUUUAAAUCUGGUUCUCAUUGGUUACAUCCUCAAAUAAUUUUAUUCAUUAAAAAUUAAUCCUCCAUCAAUUUGUGACUUACACCAAGAUUUUGAGUCUUCUUUGUUCCUCCUCUUUUAAUUACCCAAAGAAAGGCUUCAAUUUUUAAACAGGAAAAGGAUGUUGUUUUAAAAAAGGAAAAACAAUCUGCUAAUGUAAGAUACAUACUUUGACAUCAAACAAUGUCAUGGAAACUUGGAAAACCCAAACUUGCAGCACUAAAAUGACAAAGGAAGAGCAAGAAGAGCAGAUAUUUUUAAUCUAAAAUGCCUCAUUGCAGCAGGAAACAGGGCAUCUCUUCCUUCAUUUACUUUCUCUUCUACAGUUUAUUUUUCUCUGUCCAUUUGUGUUAUUUUAUUUUGGUGCAUUCUGCACUGAUUGACACCUUCGCUGCCCUCCAUCAGAGCCUAUGAUGCAAUGGGUGGCCUUUUGGUCAUGUUUGCUUUUGGUAGCAUUCCACCCUCCACUGAUGGGCAUGAAUGUCUUGUUGAGGGACAAAAAGUGGACAUGUACCCAGUCAUUGCCAGCAUUUCCACCAGGCACACCAAAACCAUUCAUGCCGUCUACCAAGUGACAUUGUGAGAGCAAGCCUCCGUGGUGCUUGACACCGAUGCCAAUAUUUCCAACCAUCACAAACUUAGGGUUUUCUCUACUUUGGUUCCAUUCAUUUUGUUGUUGACAGCAGACUGUUUUUUCAGACUGAGAGGUCACAAGUUUCCUUUGACAUGGCUACAACACCACACCUUAGGGACUUGACCCAUUCUCAAAUUUGAGCAUGGCAGGUGCUGUUGCCCUCUGCUGGCAUACUUUGCUAUACUAAGUGCGGCAUAACCAGGAUGCCUGAUCCCACACUGAAGGCCUGCCUUUCAGUGGUAAGGGACUCAUUAGUUCUAAAACUAAUGACAUUCUGUACCGAAGCUCCAUACCUAGGCCCACAGUGUUCCAUAUGCCCUUGUCAUGGAGGUUUCUCCAGAUGUCCUGUAUCUCAGUCAACAGAGGCACAAUUAUCCUGUUAGUCAUCUUCACAUUGAUCCAAGAGGUCGUUCCCAUCUGUGAAGUUCAGUUAUCUAACCAUCCCAGGGCAGCAGAUAUCCCAAGCAUCUGUUUUGACUUGUGACAUGUCAUAGUUGGGAGCUAUACCCACCAGCAUUUGGGACCAGACUCUGGCACUUUUGCUUGGUGUGGCAUACUGUCACCAUGGUUCACAUGCAAUAUGCAGUUGACUUUUUCUUGCUUCCUGGAGAUGACAUUUCCUGUUCAAAACCUUUGUCUCCUCUUAAGAGAGAUGGAUCAGAACCCUCUUCUGAAAGGAGACAAUGGAAUCGUUAUCUGAUGCCUUGAGACUUCAGGGCUUCUAUUCACUAUCCUGAGAAAGGUAGAUGCCUCUAGACAAUUGUAGACCUUCUUGACAUAAUUCCUUCAUGAGACCAAGGAAAUUCAGGAUUGCCAACAUCCUUCCAUUCCUUUAUGUUGGGAAUUUGUACCCAUAGACUUGAAGAUAUGUACUUCCACAUAGCGAUCUGACACAAACAUCACAUCCUGCACAUCCUCAGGGAGACCAUUGCUUCCAACUCCUCCUAUUUCUACUGGCCAUGGCCUCCAGAGUAUUCAUAGAAUGUGCGACUUCUUCCCACAUGCUAUUUGGAUGGUCAUGCACAUCUGGCCUCUAGCAUACCUCAAAACCUUAUUGUAUUGGCUACCAGUGUGGUUGCUGGACCUGCUCACACAGCCAGCUGCCAAAGUGCCUAGAAUCAAUGACUUCAACUGUGUCACCUCUUCAUCUGUUUGAAGAGGCACCUUCUUUAGCAUUGGCUCCUAGAUAUGUUCCAGCAGGGAGUGGGCUCCCAUGUCAAAUGUCUUCUUCCACCUUUGGGAGUUCAGUGCUCCUUGUGGUGAAUGCAGAUGAUCGACUUGUACUGCUCUUUCACCCCUCAGUCCUUGACUGCUGUAGUUGCCACAAACACUCACUUUUGUGUGGGGUGGGGGCACAUUGUGGGACUUAUGGUCAAGGCUGUGUGUUCCUGAGUAGAGCCAAGGCUUCUCAUACAUUCCCCUGAACUGCUGGCCAUCACCAGAGUCUUCAGGUUCUCCUUUAGGAGCCAUACCAUCCAAGUGGCCUCUGACAGUGUUCUACAUAAACAAGCAAACUGGCACUGGUUCAAGGAUUCUCCUGCCCUUACACUGGAGUUGUGGAACUGGUGUGUACCUAAUGUUAUCAUUCCUGUGGUGAUUUAUAUUGCUGUGAAAGAAACUGACCCAGCAGACCACCUGAACCAUACUUCAUUACUCUGGCAGGUGGACCCUUGUGCUUUCCACUACCUAUUCCUCUAUUAGGAGAUGCUGCAGGUAGAGGUUUUUGUCACCUUCACCAACAGGUAGUGCAAUGAUAGUUCUGCAGCCAGAAGGGCAUGUACAGGAGACGUCUGGUGGUGUUUUCUUCUUGAAUAACUAGUGAUGGGUCAACAAAUUAUCACUGGCCGUAAGAACCACUUUCUACUAGUCAGCUGUAACAUAUAGCUACAUCAUGAUAGUGCGACAAUAUUAAUGCAAUUACCAGCACAGAUAUUACCUGACAGAGUUACAUAACUCAGUUUGUGAUUUAGGGGUAGGUAACCUUUUUUCUGUCUUGGUGCAAGGGACCACACUCAAGUUGUAGUCUUGGCCAAGACAAAGGUAGGUGCGGCUGUUCAGCUGUUCCCAAUCACCAGGGCAGCAAUGAGACAGAAUGAGAUCUCCACGGCCUCCCAGUUUCCCCCUCCCCACAAUAGAAGAGGCUGCUGGUCCUUUGAGAACCACAGCUUCAUGGUGUUCCAGGAACCUUGAGGUAGUACUUCCCAGUAGUUCCCAGCAUAUCCCGCUUCCCUCACCUUUUGUGACAGAAAUGGCAAGGGAUGCAGAAUCGCCAUUGGGAACAAUCACUUGAAGGUGCUCUGGAUACCUUCCCUUGUCCUUUGCCUUUCCCAAGUAGUUUCAAGCAGUAUCCUAAGAGAGCAGUGGUCCAAAACAUCCUGUUUGGACCUGUUGAGGAGGCUGGUUCUGGCCCAUUGGCUGCUGGCUCCCUGGGGAUUAUUUCUGACUAAACAGCAAGAAUCUUAAUGUGAUUGUGUUGCCAGUUACAUAGAUUGAUGAGUAUAUGAAUCAUUCAUGUGAUUUAUUUGACAGCUGGUAUUAAUUCCACAGUUUUUGACACCCCCCCACCCUUUCAACGAUUUAGGAUUUUUAUUCCAUUAAACUAAAAAGAAUUACGACACAACUGCAGUUGUUUCUAUACUUAACUUGGGGCUAAGCUCCUUUGAGCUCUAUGCUGCUUACUUCUGAACAUGUAGGUUAACUAGCAAAACAUAGGUAAAGGUAAAGGGACCCCUGAUCAUUAGGUCCAGUCGUGAACGACUCUGGGGUUGCAGCGUUCAUCUCGCUUUAUUGGCCGAGGGAACCGACGUACAGCUUCCAGGUCUUGUGGCCAGCAUGACUAAGCCGCUUCUGGUGAACCAGAGCAGCGCAUGGAAACACCGUUUACCUUCCUGCCAGAGCAGUACCUAUUUAUCUACUUGCAUUUUUGACGUGCUUUUGAACUGCUAGGUUGGCAGGAGCAGGGACCGAACAACAGGAGCUCACCCCGUCAUGGGGAUUCGAACUGCCGACCUUCUGAUCGGCAAGUCCUAGGUUCUGUGGUUUAACCCACAGCGCCACCCGCGUCCCUCUUAGCAAAACAUAUUGAGCUUUAAAAAGCCUAGUGAAAUGCAACCUUUAGUUUUAAAUUAGAAAUGGAAACAAUCUGACAAAGAAUUGUAAGCAUUUACCCUGUUAGCCUGAACUUUCCCAGUUAGAAGAAAUCCUUCUCAGUUCUCUGAGAGGCUGCAAAGCUUGCAGACCAAAAAGGGAUCAAGCUCCACCUAUUCACUCCCCAAGUUUGUUUUUAAUCAGAGUUAUCUGCAUUCUCCAUUCAAUUCGUGCUGGUAAAACAACUGAACAAGUCAUCUCCUACAGAAAGACUGUCUGUGCUUCCUCAAAGUCUACACCUUUUGAAUUUGAGCUAAUCUGCCACGAACAAGCCAGUUGUGGGAGGCCAUGGCCAUAAUGACCCAAGCAAUUAUGGCCCUCUUCUUAGAACAGCCCGUUCCAGUAUGAGCUUCCUCUUUUCAUCUGCAAUGAGAGCCCCAAGAAUGUAGCUGUGAACUGGCAUAGUACUUUGCUGGUCAGUGUGGUAAGAAACUUGUCACUCGCUAGAUGGACAUGGUAUGUGCCACAAAAUGGUCUAGCUGCCACUGUGCCAGAAACCUAUCUGCUUCACUGGACAAUGUAGCUUUGGGAAAAGGUUUGGGGCACAUCAACAGCUCUUCAGAGUCUUAGGCAAGAUACAAGAGACAUGCCCCAGUCAUUCCGAUGUGAGGAAACCCAAGUUUUUCUGCUCAAGCUAAUGUCUGAUCUGAUUUACAAAGGCAAGGUGAAAUCUAUGUCCUAAGCUCAUUCCUAACCAUUGUCUUAGCAAAGCAUUCACAUGGCUUAAUAGCAACUGUGGAGAAUACACUUUUGCUGCUGAUGGUCUUUGGUGGAUGCUGAGAGGGCAUUUGACAAGUUCACUUGGGGCUACUUUAUUUGAAGCACAUCUGGUCAUAAACAGCUUCAAUAACAGUACUAUGUUUGGUCAGAAAUGAGGUAUGACUGCAGACCAGCUCCACUGCCAAUCCCCACUUGAUUUAGCAUGGUCCCAAAGUCUCUUGUUAACCUUAUCUGAGAGUGUAGCACGUGCAAUUCCCUUUCAAAUAUCUGAAGCGAGGUGUAGGGCAACACCUAUGCCAGGGCUGGGGAACCUCUGGGUUGUGGGCCUAAUUAGGUCUGCUAACCAGUUCCAUGAAACCACACAUACCUGCCCAACACCUCCCAUCAUAUGUGAUGUCAGAUGUGGGAGAGGUAGGGACAUUGCUGUUAGCUCACAGUCGUGAGCCAUAUCGUGUGCACCUGAGGGUUUAUUGGCAAUGCAGGCCUGCUCUCACCCUUGUAGUGAGAGCAGAGGCUCCAGCAUCAGCUUCCUUAGAGAGUUCCCCAUAGGGAAUUCAUAACACAGCUAUGCCUUGCCAAACCAGGACUUGAGCUUCAAGCCUGCUUGGCUUUUCCUUUGUAUCCCAGUUUGCGCUGCUGCAGAGGAAUGCCAGGGUGCUCUCCCACAGGCCAAAUGCAGCUCCACACCCCUGGCCCAAUCAUAACCAAAAGGUUUGAGCCACCUGGAAAAAGUGUAGACCAAAACAUACACAUGUGCUUUAAGCACAGCAAGAAAAGGACAGAGCUGCAUUUAGAAUAAUGGGAAGUCUUAUUCUAGCAACUAUGAGCUAGCUUUUUAGGUCACUUACUAAUUUCCUCCUCUUUUCUUUGCUUUUAAUUUUUCUGACAGGAGGUUGUACUAUAAUUUAAAAUAAGAGGUGGGGAAGCAGAUGGGAGGCCAAAAAUUCAAGUUUAAAUUUAAAUUCAUGCUCAGUGGUGAUAGCUAUUGCAGUUGUUAUAUGUAACAUCUGUUGAAAGAGCUGCUGACACUUUAAAAGGGUAUCAGAAGUUUAAAGGUGAGAAAUCUUCUACUUAAUAUGUUUUGGUUUUUUCCUUUACACUAGGAGAACUGAACUGGCUUUGAAAUAAAAAUAGGGCCAGGUGUUCCUAUUUCCCCCCGUGCUGUUCAAUCCUUUUUCCAUUUAUCCCUGCUAGUUCUUUCUGUAAAUGAUGUGAACAAGAGGUCUCUCUAAUGUCACAGCAAAACAUGGGAGUUUGUACAAAAAAGCACUGAUAGAACUGCCUCCUGCUCCUCUUUCCCCUUACAAUCUUAACCUCCACCUAGUGUAGCUGGAGUGAGAAAUUUGCACAGAUUGUGAAAAAGAAACACAAACGGUAUUCUGGACCAGACUUCAAUUGACUUGUGAUACUUCAAUCUAAUAUACAGUCUAUGUUACAGGUGGGGAAACAAGAUCCAACCAGGAGACCACAUCCUGAGCUCCACCAACUCCCAUCCCCAUUUUGUGUCAAUCUCCUGAGGUCACUAUGACCUUUAGCUGAUUGGCACUUGCAGCAAGCCCUGCUUUGUGCAGCCAGGAACUCCGUGCAGCUGAUCCCAGCAGGGCUUGUCGAGGAGGCUGUGCUGGCUGCACCAUAUCUUUCUCCCUGCUGGAGCAGCUCCUGCACUCCUGCAGCAGGGAGUUGGCAACUAGGAAGUCUGUAGAGCAGCUAAUCCCUGCAGAAUUUAUCUUCUUUGGGAACCCACAUGCUUGCAUGGUCUCGCUAAGGCAAGGCUUAGUGUGUCUUGCAAGCCAGUGAGCAGUGAGCACCCAAGUGUUCAAUGGAAUUUCCUCCAGAAACUACAUAGGAUUGCAGUCAUUCUGAGCCUCAUAAAUAGUACAUACAAAUGCUAUGAACUCUUGUGUGUUCUUAUCUCUAUCUAUCUAUCUGUCUAUCUAAUCUAUCUAUCAUCUAUCUAUCUAUCUAUCUAUGAAUCAUCUAUCUAUCAUCUAUCCAAAAAAUCUAAAAAAAUGUUUAGGGGUACUCUCAUUUUCCUACUCAUAUUGAAAUACUGCCCCUCAAUGAGGCCAGACUUAGAUUCACAAAAUGUUUAGGGUUAUGCGACCUCUGUGACACCCCCCCAAAAAAGCACUGUAUCUAUCUAUCUAUCUAUCAUCUACAUUCUACAGUAUCUCUGUAUCUAUCAUCUAUCUAUGAAGGCAUCAACAGAACAGCUUGCAUUUUGGGAUUGUUUUUGGGGCAUGACUAUGGGGAUUGUCAUGGUGAGCUUCCAAUUCAGUAAGGAGCAACAAUUUACGGCCAAAAAACUAUAAUUAGUAUUAGUUUUUUAAGUGCUUGCUGUUGAAUGGCCUUCUGUCACAUAUGAUUUCGUUGAGAUUCCUGCUUUUCAGGGGGGUUGGACUAGAUGACCCUCAGGUCCCUUUCAACUUUACAAUUCUAUGAUUCUAUGAUUUUGUUUAUGUGUGUUCCACCUUUCCUCCAAAGAUCUCAAAGCAACAUACAGUAUAUGGUUGCCCCCUGUCCGCACUCCAUUUAUUUUCACAACUCUGUGAGGUAGGCUAGAGUAAGAAUGUGUGACUGAUCUGAGCUCACAGAAGGAGUUUCAAUGCUAGGUCUCCCCAGUUCCAAUGUGUCAUUAACUUGUGCACCAUGCUAGCUAAUCACUCUGAGCCAACCUCAAAGUAGUGUGGGACAUACAUAUAACUAUAGUUUUCAGAGCUUGUCUAUUUAUUCAUUACAGACAUUAUCUCACAGAUAGGGUUCCUACAGAAAGAGUAGUAACAUUUUUCUGUUUCACGUUUUCAUUUCAUCUUUGAUGCUUCUGUGUUGGAUCUUGCACAUUAAGUACUUGUCACUCCAAUGCCAUGUUUUUAAUCAUUAAAAGUCCCACUAGUCACUUUUCUGGCCCUUUUUUGCAGAUUAGUUUGUGUAGACUUUUGGGGGGAAAGAUGUUCUGUCUGUACGGUUCCUUGCUACACAUACAGCCUCUCCCUGCUCUUUCCAGUAUCCAGAUUUCACUUCUCAGGCGUCUGUCCUUAAGAAAACAUGAGUGUGAUCUGGCCCAGCCAUUCUUGUAAGGGCCAUUUUAGCUAAAGAUCUUUUUGCCUAGAAAGGGAACUUCUCUCUGUAUAAUUCUGUCAGUGUACACUUUUAAAUAAUGUUGUUUACCUGCAGGAAGAGGAAGAAUUGGCUUAUGAACAAACUUUAGAAUUCCGAAGAGGUGGUGAUGGACAGCCCCGGCGGUCAACACGGCCUACUCAACAGUUUUAUCAACCUCCAAGAGCUAGGAACUGAUAAUGGGUAAAUACUGAUGAUGGUCAUGCAGGGUGAGGGGGUGGGGGGGUAGUGCACAAAACCUUUUAAUGUUUGGUUUUGCAAACAUUUAUCACUUCCUAGAAUAAGAGAAUAACUCACGGACGUUCUGUUGGAAUUUACCUGGUGCUGUCUAGAAAUUUGCACUGAUGGGGCUACUGUUUUGAGUCAGCUAAAAAUUACUAGUCAUGGAGAUAAUCUCUGAAAAGGAAUGGGUAUCUGAGGCAAAUGUGGUGGACCUGGCUAAAGCAUUUUGUUUGUUUGUUUGUUUGUUUCUAUACCCGAAGGUCUCAGGGUGGUUCACAUAAAAUAUCAAAUACAUAAAAUCAAAACAAAACCAACAACCCAAUAAAAACCCUCAAAAGAGCCAGCAUUUUAAAAAAGGCUAUAGGAUGUAGAUCAAGUCAGGCAAAGGCCUGGUUGAAAAGGAAGGUUUUUGCCUGGCGCCUAAAGGUGUACAGUGAAGGCGAAGGCAAAGCAUGAUCAUGCCUGGAUUCCUCUCUGUUCGGUAGAUGCUAAAAACCACACCAAACCACAAAGCGGCUCAAUAUAAAUGGUGAGAUACUUGAUUUGAGAAAUACUUGCCAAAAGCAUUACCCACCACUGGGUCUGUGGAUAAAAAAAUGUGACUAAAGCCAGUAUGUGGCAACCAUGGAAUUGAUUGGUUUAGGACUUUAUAUUAAUUAACAGUAUAAAUCUAUGCUAGUGUCGAUUGGUUGCAGUUUAUUUAUUUAUUAUUUAUUUAAAAUAUUUAUAUAUCUCUGUAUCAUGAAAAUAUAUCACAGCAGAAAUUAUAGGGAAACUAAAAGGAGGGAAACCCCAGGAGUAUGGGAACAGAAUAUUAUAAGGUAUUUUUAAAAAAUACUGUUUCCUAAAUUAAAAGUAUUAUAUAAUUCAAUAAUAGAGGGUGAGAAGACCACACUAUUGUGGGAACAAUCAAUAAUUAUCUUAAUUCCAAAACCAGGAAAAGAUUUGAAAGACCCAGAAUCGUAUAGGCCAAUUUCCCUAGUAAAUCAAGAUGCUAAAAUAUUGACAACAAUAAAGACAAAAAGGAUGAAUACUUUCAUGUAUAAAUAAAAACCAAUGUGGCUUUAUAGCAGGAAGACAGGUGUCUAGUUUAAUAGGACUGUGUAGAAUGACCAGUGUUAAAAAUGAUUAUAGAAAGUUUAGGAUUUGGAGAACGAUUUAAAGGAUUAGAUUUAGACUUGAGGAACAAGGCAUAUGUCAUGGUGAACGAUAGUAUAACAGAACAAAUAACACUAGCCUGAGGUAUAAGGCAAAGAUGCCCCCUUUUCUUAUUUGUAUCGGUCACUGAAACUCUGGCCAAUGUAAUUAGAGAAGAUGGAAAUAUGAAAGGAAUAAACAGUAAAGGAAUGGAGAAGAUAAGCUUAUUUGCAGAUGACACCUUGCUAACAACUGAAAAUCCAUUGGAAAAUAUGCAGGUAAUAGAAGCACAUUUGGGGGGGAAAUUGGAGAAAUAACAGGGUUGUGAAUUAAUUGGUCCAAAUCAGAGAUGAUGAUAUUUAAUUAUGGUGAAGAUGAAAAACAUUUUUUUUAAGAAAAAUAAAAUAGAUAUAAAAUUAAGAAAUGUAAUAAAGUAUUUGGGAAUAAAUAUAACAAGAAACUUAGAAAAUUUAGAACAAGAGAAUUUUAAGUAAUUAAAGACUGAAAUUAAGGAAAAGCUGAAGGAAUAUUAAAAAAUUAAUCUUUCAUGGUUUGGAAGAAUAGUGAUAAUUAAAAUUUUGUCUAAAAUAAUAUUUUUUAUUUAUAAUGUUACCAAUUAAGAUAUUGGAGACAGAGAUAAAGGGUUAGCAAUGUAUGAUUAAUAAAUCUGUAAUGGGGAUAAGAAACCCAGAAUUAAUAAAAGAAGAUGGGGUAUAAACCCCAGAAAAUAGGUGGACUGGGUCUUCCCAACAUAGUUAUAUUAUAUAGCAAAUGAGUUAAGAUAUAUCAUAGACGAGAUAAUAGAACAAGGAGAGUUAGAAUGGUUAGAGAGUGGUACACAGGAAAUGAGGGAGAAGUUAGUGAAUAGAUUUUUCAUCAAACCAAAUAGGCAGUGGUGGGAUAAUACUGAAAAUCCCUUAUUAAGAAACAUCGUUGAGAUAUGGGUAAAAUAUAAAGGAAAGUUGAUACCAGUAAAUUUCCCACUAACUCCAGUGGUGAUGAUAGAAGAUUUCCCAGUAAAUUUUAAAAAGGCAGGCUGUUCCACAGGAUUGGGCCGAUGGCUGAAGGCUUGAUUUCUUCUUGUUGUCAAACGAGUCUCACCAACUCAGGGAACGACCAAAGACGCAAAAUGAUCUCAGUGAUAGAGCUGGAAUAUCAGGCGAUCCCUGCGGUGUACAGGAACCUUGAGCCUGUCUUGGGGGCAGAUGGGCAGCCAGUGGAGCUGUUUGGACAAUGGCGUCACAUGUUCUCAGCCGGAAGCUCCCACCAGUGGAGAAACACGCAGCCACAGCCCUCGCCCAAAGAGCACAGAAUGCCAAGUGGCUUUUGAGGCUGGGGGAGGAAACGAGGGGCGAGAGGGAGCAGAAGUGUGGAAUAUCCACAAACAGGACAUGGCUGGCUUGGAACUUGGACUUAACAGGAGCAAUCCAUUUGGCAACAUUUUCUUGUGGGUCCCCUUUGUAUCUAGUUAUCUUCCAAGGUUAUAAACUGCCCUUCUCUUUUUCUAUAUUUCAUAUUUAGUGUACAGAAAUUACACUGUUUGAUGUGAUUUCGUUCCUGACAUGUUUCUUCUUCAGAGCUGUAGCCUGUUGGGCUGCUUAGAGACAGCGGUUGCCACCUUUACAUGCCCGGCUUUACUGGGAUGCCAAGUAUGGCAGCAGGGCAACAUGGGCUUUUGUCAAUAUCAGAAGCACCUGGGAUGGUCCUGAGCUGGAAAAACACAAACUACAAAAUUGUGGAGCCACUUCUCCGUUUUGGAGUUCAUUGCUAACAUGAAUGUGGGUGGUGAUUUUUGCAUUCUUUAUUUAUUAAUUAAAUUAGUAUACUGCCCUAUACCCCCAGGUCUCAGGGCAGUUCACAGGAUAAAAUCACGAUAUAAAAACACAGAAUACAGAAUCAAAAGAAAAAAGAACAACCCCCCUCCCCCACAAAAGCACAUUUUAAAAGGGCAUUGAAUGUUAGUCAACCAAAGGCCUGGUUAAAAAGGAAUGUUUUUGCCUGGCGCCUAAAGGUGUAUAAUGAAGGUGCCAGGCGAACUUCCCUGGGGAGAGCAUUCCACAGAUGGGGAGCCACUGCAGAGAAGGCCUUGUUCUCGUGUUUCCACCCUCCAGACCUCGAGGAGGAGGCACACGAAGGAGGGCCUCAGAAGAUGAUCUCAGGGUCCAGGUAGGUUCAUAUGGAAAGAGGCGGUCCUUGAGGUAUUGUGGUCCUUAAGGUUUUAUAGGUCAAAACCAGCACUUUGAAUUGGGCCUGGAAACUAAUUGGUAAUCAGUGCAGUUGGACCAGGAUCAGUGUAAUAUGCUCACACUGUCUUGCCCCAGUGAGCAACCUGGCUGCUGAAAUUAAUGAGGAACACUCAUUAAGUUAAUACCUAACCUACUACUGGGUUCUUUCUUUUCUCCUAAAAAGUGCUUCAAAAUCCAACAACAGUGCGUCUUACCUCAUAAUGUCAAAACAGCUUUACCUCAAAAAAUAAAAGUUAUUUGAGACAAAAUUGCGGUUUUUUGAAGCCUGUUUUUGAUUAACAAUGGGAGAUGGAGUGCAAAUGACAAUGAGAUCUCCAUGUUACCUUUUUCCUCUCCUCCGCAUUUCAGGUAUUUGUUGUGGCAAAAGUUCUCAGUGUUCUCCUUGGUGCUCAAGACGUCUCACUUUGCCUCAUGGAUGGCACUUGAUAAAGAAGGCUGGUACAAGCAGGGAGUACGUAUAGGAUGUAUUCAACAGAGACAUUUUUUUAAGUUCCAUGAAGCUAAACUUUUUACGUAUGAAAUAAAACCAUUGUUAAUAUUGCCAUCAAUAAAAGCCACCAUGAUCUACCCUGUC